GCUCUUAUAUAACCUGGGCUCUCCCAGGGCACUACCGUUGGAAUAAGGUGAAAGAUUCUUAAGGAACUCCUUCUAUUGCUUGGGCUGCCAUUGCAGGGAUUCAGAUUGCUGUGGCGCUGGGACUGUUCGGAAAAGUGUGAUCUGGGAUCCUGCUCUGCUCUUGGAUGAAGUUAGGAAGCUGAAGAGGAUGGCUUCAGAUGAGCUGGUCUUCUUUGUCAAUGGCAAGAAGGUAGGGGAGACCCCCCACAUUUAAUUUUCUUUUGUUUGUAUCUCAACCCUUGGAUUAACUUCAUGAGUUGCAGAUUGCACUAUUGAGAACUGUGCUCCACAUGCAGCUAAAUAGCCUUGAGCAUUUGUGAAACUGAAAAACCAUCAUUUCUAAUACAAGCAAACUUUAUUGAACUACUAAAACUUUUUUCAAUGUAGAGUAAGGGAGACACGUUAAUCAAAUGACCAAGUGGAAGGUUCCUGCUAUUGCUCUCUCUCUUUUAGAAAUAUAGUAUCCAACUUUCUUUUAGCCAAAAAAUAAUAAUGAUCUGUAAUGCUUUUCAGCCUGUUUCUUCCAGAGAAUGCUUCUGUUUCAUUGCUGAAAUAGUUACAUUUUUAAAAGAUAGACCCCAGUUCAAUAAACACUCACAUUUCCUAAACUUACAUUGAAUAAAGCAGAGUGGAAGAAGGCUACUGAAAGAUGCCCAGUGAAUGAAGUACAUGCAAGGAAAACCAUCCUGUGUUUGCUUUCUAUGUCAUUUUAAAAAUACGACUACCUGUAAUGUAGGUAACAUAACUAUUCUUUACACCCUCUGCCUGUAGCUUGUCCAGCCAGCAACAAACAACUGAGUGACAGCGCUGGGCAGUUGCUGUUGGACUGAUACCCUCCCUAAAUUAAAUUACAGAAGCAAGCACAAUGAUUACUACAAACCCACAGUGAUUUCCACCUCUGCGUAAAGAGAUCAAAUGCUAGCGAUUACCAGUGAAGCAGCUGGGGUGGCAGGUUGUUCCGUUCCUGAUGCAUUUGAGAGAGAGAGAGAGAGAGAGCGCGUUGCACCUAGUCGUUCUGUCUGACCCAGCAAGGCUAUGCUUAGGUUAAUUUAGCCGGAGCUGCCUGACUGUGUGGAGAUUUUGCUCCGGCCACGAGACUGCAGUACACGGACUGAAACGAAUCAGCACCUCCCCUCUAUAAAUAGUGGUAUUAAUCUGAUUCAGCAUGGUGGAAUUCUGUUCCUCUGCCCGGGGCUGGAGCUGACCUUCCCGAGCAAACAGAUGGUUCUAUGUUGCUGCUUCCCAGUGGUGUCAACCAGGGCGCACCUUUGUGCGCUGGGAGCUCCAGAGAGCUUCCAUAUGGGUUGCACGGUUGGGAAGGGCCAGGGGUGGAGACGGGGGUUGAGUUGCAUCAGCAAAUCACAGAGCAAAUUGACUUGUCCGUCCUGCGCUUUGUCCUUUAGUGGCAGCAAGGCUGGACCUAGGAAAGCAGAGUGCUGACAUCUGACUGACCUAACAUUUGGGCAGGAAUCUGGCCCUCUCUGCAGUGCAUGUCCUACAAGUGUCACUCUAAGAAAGCAGUAAUAAUGGAAGGCUUAACGGGAGUCAGCAGCUUUUCCAGAAACCACCAGGACACAGUUGGGACCCCAUUUACACACCUGUUUCUGAAAUGAAUUGUACACCUGCAACUCAUAGGGUUGAAGGCUGCAUGUACCUUGUCCUACCCCUACACCCCUAGCACCUCUUGCUAAAAGGAUAUUGGGUGGGAAGGCAGGCAUAGGACCUCCAGCCAAUGUGGUGUAGUGGUUAGAGUGCUGAGCUUGGGCCUGAAGGACCAGGGUUCAAAUCCCCACUUGGCCAGGAAGCUCACUGGGUGACCUUUGACCAGGCACUCACUGUCAGCCCAGCCUACUUCACAGGGUUGUUAUGAGGACAAGGGGGGGGGGGAGAACUAGGUAGAUCACAUUGAGCACCUUGGAGGAAAGGUGGGAUAUAAAUGUAAAAAAUACAUCUCUUCACAGUUAAAUUGGAUCAGGCAAUGCUGGGCUAGGUGGACCUGUGGUUUGACUCAGCACAGGGCAUAGGAAGCUGCCUUACGCAGUUGCACCAUUGGUCAAGGUAGCUCAGUAUUGUCUGCACUGACUGGCAGCAGCUUGCAGGGCUUUGGACAGGAGCCUUUCCCAGCCCUCCCUGGAGAUGCCUGGGAUUGAGCCUGAGACCUUCUGCAUGCCAAGCAGAUGCCCUGCUUCGGAGCCGUGGCUCUUUGUACUUGUGCAGCAGACCUGUGCCACUGCCUCCCUAUGCCAUUUCCACUUGGGUUAGGGCUGCUUCACACAUUGUAUAUUUUAAACCGCAUUUAGAUAUUCUGACGGCAAGCGCUCUUUGGCAGUGGAACGGUCUCCCUCGGGAGGUUGUGGAUUCUCCUUCCUUAGAGGUUUUUAAGCAGAGGUUGGGUGGCCAUCUGUCACGGAUGCUUUAGCUGAGAUUCCUGCAUUCCAGGGGGUUGGGCUAGAUGACACUUGGGUCCCUUCCAACUCUAAGAUUCUAUGAUUCUAAGUGCACACUUGCAUUUCACAAAUCCAGGAAAUUGCCUAAGGUUAGUAUCUCCAGAUAGGCUGGUAUUUUACCCAUCAGCCCACCCAUAAGGAUAGCUUACAGUAGAACCUCGACUAAGAGUGGUGGACUCGUAAUCUGGUGAACCGGGUUCGCGUCCCCGCUCCUCCACAUGCAGCUGCUGGGUGACCUUGGGCCAGUCACACUUCUCUGAAGUCUCUCAGCCCCACUCACCUCACAGAGUGUUUGUUGUGGGGGAGGAAGGGAAAGGAGAAUGUUAGCCACUUUGAGACUCCUUAGGGUAGUGAUAAAGUGGGAUAUCAAAUCCAAACUCCUCCUCCUCCUCCUCCUCCUCCUCCUCUUCUUCUUCUUCUUCCCACUGCCCCAUUCGCGAACAAUCCAAUUCACGACUACGGCAAACCUGGAAGUAAAUACUGGGUUUGCCGUGAUUCCUGCAUGCGCAGAAGCAGUUUCUGCUGACUGCACAUGCGCAGAAGCGGCUGCCGACGUCUGCACAUGCGCAGAACGGCGCUGCCGCCGAAUGUGCACACACAGAACGGCGCUUCUCCCAGCGACCCGGAUCGACUCACAAACAGACCUCCGGAACGGAUUCCAUACCUGAGUAGAGUUUCCACUGUAUUUUGGUGCACGUGCUAAAUAAAGCUGACCAAACCUGCAAGAGGUGUAGUGGUUAGAGUGAUAGACCUGAGGAGCCUGGGCACUCAACCAGGAAGCUCCUUCGACCAGCCAUUUACUGUCAGCCCAGCCUACCUCACAGGGUCGUCAUGAGGGUGAAACGGGGAGGAGGAGACCUUAACCUGGAAGCUCUGAAGAUUGAGCUCUGUUGCAAACCGUUUGUUCAGAUCCUUGCAAACACGGCAGCAAGCAAAGGCCCGUCAUUAUGCAAUGCUUACCGGAACAGGAGGCUUGAAGUACAUAUGGGUGGAGCAUUGCAACACACCCCCUGGGAAUGUUGACCGAGAGCCCGGAACAGAACAUGAUACCUUGUCCUGCAGCUGGUGAGAAAGGUUACUUCGUCUCUGUUGCAGAUAGCCUGACAUCGCAAAAAUAACCAGUGCUGUAUUGUGCUGCGUGUUACUUCAAGGCUAUGGGGCCGGGCGAUAAGGGACAAACGAUAAGAUACGGCUUUUGCAGAGGCACACAAGCUACAAUGAAACUUCACCAGCCAACUCUUACUUCACAGGCAAAUCUGCUGGUGUGUCUUUAAGCACCUGUUUAAUUUCUGCUAUGUAUCGGCUGCUAAAAUAAUGUCCCUUGACCGCUUAUGAGAGUGCAGCAUGAUUGUAGCUGGAAACUGUUUUUUCUUCUUCUCUUUUUAACAUCUUGCUCUUGGGGAAAUAGGUGUGUUUACAUGUUAACCACAUAAAGAUAAAGAGCAGUAGCGUGGGGCUUGUAAACCAUUCAUUUACACACUGCUGCCCGGACAAAAUGAAUUCACCUACUAAAGCUGCUAGUGCUGUUUGAGGGGGAAGCUGCUAUGGGAGCUCUGAAGGGGACUUUCCUUGGGAAAACAGCACCAAAAAAACUCCACCCGCUCCUAUGCUGUAGCUCGAAUCCUGAUGCCCCUCUCCCUUGCUUCAAUUUCAAAACAUGCUCUCAAAACAUGUACAGGGCCAAACUAUAUGGUGCCUUAGGGAAGCCCACAAGCUAGGCUGUGAGGUUAAUAGCUCUUCCCCAGCUUGUGUUCAGUGAUAUACUGGCUCUGCAUAUGGAGGUUCCAUAUAAAUAAUCAAUCCACCAUUACAGCGAAUAGCUGUUGCCAUCCAUAUAUUUGUCUAACUCACAUUUAAAGCUGAUUGAGUAGGUGUCUCCAUGUCUCAUGGCAUAUAUGAGUUCCGCGUAUGAUUCAAAACUUGAUUGAACCCAGUGACCAUGAAAUAUACUCGGAGUCGAGAGUGGAUUUCAUGCUCUUUAUUCAGCUCAUAGUGGUGAGGAGGAAUGGAAGUUCCCCCAGAGUGUCUGCUUUAUAUACAUUAUUUACACAACGGGCCCCAUGUGAUUGGCUACUUUCGGGAUUCUCCUGUACGCCAAUCAGGUUGCGGAUUCACUUCCACCUGGAGCUGGAUUGGGUAGCUCCUGUGGACCAAUCAGACUGCUGCAUUCUGAAUCCUAUUGUUCUAGGACCAAUCAGACUGCUGCAUUUUGGAUCCUAUUCAACACAGUACAUAACAGAUCAGGAUUAAGAAAGUAAGGGAGAAAUAAAACAAAACAAAACUGAAGCACUUUAUCCUAAAGUGUAUAAUAGAACUGAGAUGGCUCAGUUGGUUAGAGCAUGUGGUGGGACUAGAUGACCCUGGUGGUCCCUUCCAACUCUACAGUUCUAUGAUUCUAGGGUAAAAUAAGAUGAAGAAUUCCCAUAGAUCUCAGUAGAAAGGGUAAUACAGGAAUCAUAGAAAUUGUAUAGUUGGAAGGGACCACGAGGGUCAUCUAGCUCAACCCCCUGCAAUGCAGGAAUCUUUUGCCCAAUGUGGGGCUCGAAUCCACGACCCUGACCUACAUGAGCCACAGAUUCCAUAGGUAAAUUAUGUGUUAUGUUUGUAUGCCCUGAGUCUUCUGCCAAUCUAGGUGAUGUAAACAUUGAAUAAACACUUUUCAGUUGCCUGUGCAGUGGUAAGAGCUAGGAGCACAUGAUCACCUUAUUGCGCAUGAGUAGGAAAUGUGCUUAGAUAAUCUGUUAAUAAUAAUCACAACAGAGACUCCAUGCCCUACGGCCAGGAAGAGAAAUGCAAAGGAAUGUUGUCCUUCUGACCCUAAGGGUAAAGUCUUUGAAAUAAAACCUAAGUUUCUAGCUAAUAAGGGCAGAUAAAAGUAACCAGUAUUGCUAACAACAGAGGCUGAGCUGGCUGGGAUGUUUCUGAUUAAGAGUUCUCCAGAACCAGCUCUCGCCUUUAGAGGUUCUGAAUGAAUUAAAUUAAUCAGGGGUCAGCAAACUUUUUCAGCAGGGGGCUGGUCCACUGUUCCUCAGAUCUUGUGGGGGCUGGACUAUAUUUUUAUUGGGGAAAAAUGAACGAAUUCCUAUGCCCCACAUAUAACCCAGAGAUACAUUUUAAAUAAAAGCACACAUUCUACUCAUGUAAACACACACUGAUUCUCGGACGUCCGCCGGAUUUAGAAGGCUAUUGGUAAUGAGGAGUUGCGUCAAAUUGCGCUCCUUGGCCGGAGCAACAUUUUGGCCUCAGGAGGCUGUGUCGUGGGGACAUUUGCCCUCAUUCUGACUGGUCAUUAUUAAGUCAAUCAGACUUGAAGUCAAUGCUUCCUGCACUUACUCUGCAGCCUCGUUGUGAGGGAAGAGGAUCUCCCAGAGGCACUGUCACCACUAAAAGGUAAAGGAACCCCUGACCAUUAGGUCCAGUCGUGACCGACUCUGGGGUUGCGGUGCUCAUCUUGCUUUAUUGGCCGAGGGAGCCAGCAUACAGCUUCCGGGUCAUGUGGCCAGCAUGACUAACCCGCUUCUGGCGAACCAGAGCAGCACACGGAAACGCCGUUUACCUUCCCGCCGGAGCUGUACCUAUUUAUCUACUUGCACUUUGACGUGCUUUCAAACUGCUAGGUUGUCACCACUGCCAGGUUGAUAAAACAGGUGGCAGCAGCUUAAAGUUGGCAGGGCAGUUUUGUGAAACUUUCCGCCUUUCCCAAGGGAUUUCAGUUUCAAAAGACAAUGUGAGAAGUCAGAACAAAGAAACUGCAAAUUUUUACUAAAAUAUACAUAAUGGGACAAACUAUAACAAUGAAUGCAUUCGUGAGGCGGAUUAGCUGCAAAUUUACAGCCUAAUGCAGCCAAACAUCAAAAUGAACAGGCUUCUAAGCACCAUAAAGACAUACAUUGUAUACAGAAAGAUGGGAGUAAAUGGCCCAGGAAGCUAUUCUAGUUAAACCACCACCUUCAGUUUGCCACAACAGUCAGCAGGCAAAUGGAACUUUCAAUGGCCAAAUGUGUUUCUUCAGUAGCACAGCUUGAAACAUUAAGUCCUAGAAUAGGCAGUGGAUACUUUCCCCCCCUGAAGGUGGAUGGAUAUUCUAGUGCUGCUUUUAAUCAUGCCUGUAAAGCAGCUUGCAUAUACAACAAUAACAUGCAAUUCUUUCUGUUUUAGUAUAAUUUGUAAUUUUAUUUAAAAAUAUGGAAGGGCUUGAUGGAGGCCAAGCGUUGGAAGGAAAGAAGGGAUUCUGUUUCCAAAGAGGAAAGAGAUGUCAGGAAUCCUGCCUAGCAAACUGCAACAGUUACAACAGUUGGGUAAAUUGUUAUGUGUGCAGAGCACGGAAUACCUGGGCAUAGCAGGAAAGGAUUAAAAAAGAAGUUGUAGAGCAAGUCAAACCAAAUGAGAGACAGCUGCACAAGUGGUUAUUGUCUUGACACGUUUGGAAAACCAAUCUCUUCAUUGAGGAAUUUCCUUCAGUGUUCCUUAAGAAGCUGCUUGGCACACCUUCUCUUCCUGCUAGAAUUCUCAGAAUGCACUGGGACAGCAACAACUUGUACAUAACUGAGCACCCCGAAGAACACAAAGAAGACCCUGUGGGAUCAGACCAAAGGCCCAUCUGGGCCAGCAUCCUUUCCUCACGGUAGCCAACCAGAUGCCUGUGGGAAGCAGGAGCAAAGUACAACAGGGCUCUCUCUACCCAGCAAUUGGUAUUUGGAGGCUUUACUGCCUCUGGCAGUUAAUGGAGAAUGUCGCCAUUUUGGCUACUAGCCACUGACAGCUUUGCCAUUCAUGGAUUUUUGUCUAAUCCUAUUUUAAAACCAGACAAGUUGGUGGCCAUAACUUCCUCCUGUGGGAUUGAGUUCUAUUGCUACAAACCCUGUAAAUUAAUAAAUGGUAGGAUUUUGAUUAUUUGGAGUAUCGAAGGGAAGAUUGGAGGUCAGCGCAAAAAUACAGGCUAAGCUUCCUUUCCAAGCUAGGGCCUCAGCUGGGAUAAGAGGCAUUCUCGAAGCUACUAACAUGAGUUUGACCAAACUGCGGGAGGCAGUGGAAGACAGGAGUGCCUGGCGUGUUCUGGUCCAUGGGGUCACGAAGAGUCAGACAUGACUAAAUGACUAAACAGCAACAACAACAUGACAAAAGGUGUUGAUGGCCACCGUGAGAGGAAUCUUGGGCCUGGGCAGACUGAGGUUGCCAUGGUGAAGAGGUGUGUGAGAGAAGUGGCAGGAAAAGACUGCUUUUGAGCAAGGUGUGCUGGGAAGGAGGGAGAGAAUAAAGACUGGACUCCAGGUUAGGCAGGCUGGCUGAAGGCUGGCUGGGGGAGAUGCCAUUGAAUCCUGAGCUGCACUUCUGUGGGGAACAAGCCUUGCUUGAGAUGACCAUGCUGUAGGAUCUGGACUCCUUCCAUGCAAACUGAAGGUGUAAAAAGGUGACUAAAUCAUAUUUCUUAAAGCUAGGACAGUCUCUGCUGCAUCUUCAAUUCUCCAAAGGAGCACAGACCUUGGGUGGAAGUCCCUGGAAGUUUGCUACCACUUGGCAGAGAGUGAGGAGUGGCACCCAACUUCUGUAACACUAUGAACCACGUGGAGAAGUCCUUAGUCCGUGCUGAUUCUUUCAAUAUUCAGCUUCACUGAAUGUCCCUGAGUUCUAGUACUAUGAGAGAGGGGGAAAAACAUCUCUUUUCCUCUACCCUGUGCAUAAUUUUAUGGAGCUCUAAAAGUAAAAAGCCCGCCCCCCCCCGCUGCCAUAAUCCCCAAGACUGUAUGCUUUGGAGGAAGUUGCAGCCAUACCUAGCAAAGCUGGGGAUUAUAUCUGGGAUCGCCUGCCAAACCACUGUGCUAUGACCCAUACAUAUGUGUAGAACACAUAGUUUGUAGGUACGUACUUUGGAUUAGCCUACUGAGAAAGCCAGCGAAGGUCAUAUGCAAGCAGCUAUUGCGCAAGAGCUGUUUUGUUGCAAGGAAAUGGUUAAUUUGGCUGAAGGCCGGGAGAGGAAUUGGCAAGGCCAAAAGUGUUAAGCCAAGGCUGUAGGAAUGGAGGGCAACUUGAGGUGCCACGAAGUCUGCUUUGCCUGCCUUCUACAUGUAGGAAGAAAAUUGUGCCAUUUUGAUCUUGACAAAAAGUCCUGUCCUGUCCUGAUCCUGUGGUCUUGUGAUAGCUGCAGCGGCAGGAACAAAGGCUUGUGCUGCUACAGGCAUCUGAAGUUCCAUCUAGAACCUGAGAGGCAAGGUAAACAAAGAAAAAAACCACCUCAGAUGUUGUCAGGCAGAUUUUAAGCUUUUACUGCAGGGGUCAGCAGCAGGGCAUCCAUGAGCAUCAGUUUGCUUGCCAGUACCUCCUAUGGCACCCAUGGGGAGGUGUCAGUCAAAAUCCCCUCAAAAAAUCACAAUGCAUGAAAGUGCCCAUAGCUUAAUCGCCAUUAUUAUUAAUUAUUAUUUUAUUUUAUUUCACUUAUAAAGUGCCCAAAAUUCCCUGCCCUCCAACCGCCAUACAUAUUUUGAAAGAUAAGCGGUACCUGCCCCUGUAUAUUUUGUACAGACACAAAAGGAAAAGCAAAUGGGGAGGGAAGAGGAAAGCAAGGCCCAGAGCGGCUGCUCUUUCACUGGCUAAUGGACAGGACAAUGCUGGUCUUCCCUUUGCCCUUAUAGCCUGCCUUUCCGCUCAGAGAAUACAGUACACAUGGUAGUUAGCAAAACUUUUAUAAAAACAAGUAGAGCGUGGUGCUUAUACUGCUCAGGUUGCAGGUUCAACCCCCUAAACUAAGAUUUCUUAGUUUACAGUCACCCCAUAAGAAUAGCUCUCCGGAUGAUGUACAAAAUUAAACAGGUUGAAAAUCACAAUUCCCAUAAAACAAGAAUCUAUCAAGCACCAAAUAAAUAACAAACAACCUUUCCAAAGAAAGGAUCUGUCAAGUCAAACACCAUAAUACAUUCGCCUAGAAAACCAAAGGGAUAAAUCCUACAGUGCUAAAAUACCCAUGCCAUAACCAUAGCAUAAUGCAGAGAGCUCUUUUGUUUGUUUGCUUGUUUAAAAUGAUGGUUUGGGAGAUUUACUGACAAUCAUCAGAAUUUUCUGACCUCCCAAAAUGCUUUCUGAUGCUGGUGAUGCACUGACUAUAGCGCAUGCAUGAACACAUAUCUUAAGGAAAUCAUGUUUCUUGUCUUCCAGGUGGUGGAGAAGAAUGUGGACCCGGAAACUACUUUGCUAACCUACCUUCGAAGGAAAUGUAUCUCAUGUCAGCUGGCACGUCGUGCGUGCGAUUUUAAAAUGGUCAAGGCAUAGUUGUAUAGAUGGUCCUGCAGAAUUUGAGCUUCACUUGAAUUUAGAACUAGGCACCUGCUAAUACCGUUUCUCCUGCUACUUCUACACCUACCAUUCCCAGUCUCAGUGAUGUUUAAUGUAGUUCAAGACUGAGAGCAAUAGCUUAAUAUGUGGAGAUGGGCAGUCUCUCUGUUGUACCAACCCUCCCCCCUUUUUGGCUUCUGUCAGAUUGGCUCUGAAAUUAGUUCAGCCACCUACUCCCAUGACCCACAACUGAAAAACAGCUUGACCUAUUUCUGAGCGAAUUUGACUUCGUCAACGAGUCGGUCUCCCUCACAGACUUGGAAGCCUCCUGUUUGCAGUAGUUGACAGCAAGCCAUGGGUAGAGGGGAGGGUAGUCUCUCCCAGUCCUGUCUCUGAUGCCAAGGAAUGAAGUUAACUACUUUCCUCAAGGCCUCAUGGUCCAGUGCAUGGCAACACACCAUGCCAGGUGCAGAAAUAUGUCCCUCCCUCUCCCCGUUUUCCUCAUGGUUUGGUCCUGCUGGAUAUUGGUUUGGGAGGGGAGUUGGAUAAUCAACAGAUUGGAGAGAGAAUGGCUGGUUGGGUGGUUUGGAGGAAAUACCUCUCUGGUUUGGAUUAAAAUUGAAGCAAAUUCUGCAGUGCUGGGGGUUCAUAUGUGGUAACAUAACUGAUUUUUAGGGCCCAACUAUUUGUUUUUUCCACAAAAAAGGGCCUCUAUUUUCAUGGACAAGUGGCCAUGUAGUGCUAACUAGAUUAAGAAUACUUUUAAGGCAAAUAUCAUGCAUUUUUUUCAUCCAAAGAUAUACGCUAACAUCCAUAAUAAUCUUUGUCAGAAUUGAACAUCUAUGAACUAUGUUGGGGAAGUGAUGCCUAAAUCUGAUGUUUCUUUAGCUGGUCAUGUGUUGUUAAGAAGUAAAUAUAGCAUGUGUUUGUAAACACAAUUCUACAUUUCUUUUUCACUGGCUGAUCCACUCCAGCAAUUAAAAAAGGAUAAUUCAUAUCUAGAUAUUUAAGACCAUUCUUCUGUACUUUUGUGUCAGCUGAUACAUUUAUUUGCACAAGCAAAAAUAAAUGAAUUACCAGUAACCUUGGGCCUGUAGGAAACCAGGAAACAGAAAUGAUUUGGUGGAAGGAUGAUGAAAAACCCUAGGCCGCAAUAUGUUUUUGUUGUGUCCUAAGAAAGUGUUGGAUAGUCCUAGACAAAUUGGAUAACUCAAUCUUUUAUUUACUCUGUGCAUCUGGAAACUGAGCCUGCUAUAAGAAGCAGUGGCUGUAGAUAUAUUUAAGAAUUUCUUGCUCAGUUGGUAUGUUUUUCCUUAACUGCCAUACUGUUAGUGGGGUUAUGUGGAACCAAGCUGGGCUGUGGAGAAGGUGGAUGUGGUGCCUGCACUGUAAUGAUUUCCAAGUUCGACAGAUCCCAGAAGAAAACCAUGUAUCCUUUGAAUGGCAAGUGAUGAGAUGGGUGAAUGGGUUUCUAAUGUAGGUAUCGGCAGUACGGAGGACAGAUUCUCAGUGGAUGGAAAAAUGUAAUUGUGUAAAGCCAGUUCCUCCCAUAAAUUUUCAAAUGUAUUUGAUAACUUUGUUUGCUCUGUUCCUUUGAUGGGUGGCAGAAAGUUUGCCUAUGAUUGGGAACCUGCAGCCCUCCAGAAAUUCUCGGACGCCAACUACCAUCAGCGCCAGCCAGUGUAGCCGAUGGUCAGAGAUAAUGCGAGUUGUACUUGAGCAGUUUCUGGAGGGUCGAAGGUUCCCCAUCUCUGAGCGAUGGUCAUCUAGGACAAAAUGCAAUUUAUUUUAAAAAUAUUUGCCAAAGUAGCUGGUUGGCACUACAUUCAAGCCUCAUGCAGCUCCACAAUAUGCCAGCUGGGUCUUCCUUUAUGUAAUCAUUUGGGCUGCAAGUAUAUCGUCAUUCAUGUGGAAGUAAGCCCCACUUACUUGAUGCUGGGAAAGAUGGAGGGCACAAGGAGAAGGGGACGACAGAGGACGAGAUGGUUGGACAGUGUUCUCGAAGCUACAAACAUGAGUCUGACCAAACUGCGGGAGGCAGUGGAAGACAGAAGUGCCUGGCGUGCUCUGGUCCAUGGGGUCACAAAGAGUCGGACACGGCUAAACGACUAAACAACAACAACAAGCCCCACUGAGGACUUGCGUCUGAACAGACAUGGUGCUUAGCAUGGUGCUGUUAGUCUUCCUUUUAAAAUGCCAAGAACUGGGGCUGGCUCACACAACAAUCUCACUGUAUAGAGUAGGGGGAACCAACCUGGUGCCUCCAGGUAUGGUUUGGCUCUCAACUCCCAUCAGUCCCAGCCAGCAUGGCCAAUGAUCAGGGAUGAUGGGAGCUGGAGUCAAGCAACUUCUGGCGGAUGGCAGCUUCAUCACCCCUGGCCUGUGCAAUCCUUUUGGUUUCCUAGAAAUGGCAAAGCACAUGAUUACCGUGUGUUACGGCACAUCCAAAUGUUUUGCCCCCUGCUGUUAUCUUGAUUUCCUAGCUUUAGCAUCUGAUAAGGGUGCUUAUUAAAACCCACUGGCCUUUCCCAGAUUUGUUUGCUUAGUAAGAUUAAUGUUUGCUUUAAUGUAAUGGACAGUUUUGUGCCAAAGUUCAGUAUCAGUAUACUGAGUGACUCUACUCUUCUCUUGGUCUCUUCUUAGCUCAUCUUCCCUGCUUUGCUUCCCUUUGUCCUGUUUCUCUUCACAGCAGCACAAACUUAAUUUAAAUCUUUAGGAGUUCAUAGCCUACCCUUUUUAUCAAACUCACCCAUUUUCAGAAUGUUGGCUUUAGUUGUUUGUAUGGGCUUGCUUUGGAAAUGAUUGUUCAGCAUUUUGGGGGCUGGGGACCUGGGAAACUUUAUUGGGUUUCCUGUGAAAUUCUGAGCAUGAAUUCCUUUACUGGGUUGGGAACCAUGCGCUCAAAUGGAACGUGGAUGUAUAUCUGUGCACACAUCCAAUGUGAUACCUGCCUGUAGCGCUUGAGGAGUGUGUGUGGUAUCUUCCCAUCCAUCUCACGACACAAGAGGCACAGCAAUCACUUCCAUCCUAUGUCUUGAGCUUCUAGUUGCAUAGAAUACCUUGCAGCCCAUGACUCUAUCUGGGUCGGAGCCCAUGUUGGACUUAUAUCAUUAAGGCUAUGUACAGUACACCUUCCUGGCUUAAAACAAGCUCCUUUCGAAUCCUUGGGUGCAGCUCAUCAGGCCCUGGAGAUUUGAAUUCCUUUACUGUAAAGUAACUUGCCACUUCUUUGCCUAUCUCAGGCUGCAGCUCUCUCCUUGCAUCAUUUAUCCUGUUAUCACCAGGUUGGUCACUGCUUUCAUUUUGGGUGAAGACAAAGGCAAAGUAGGUAUUGAGCAGCUCCACCCUCUCUCUGUCGCCCAAUCACAUUUCUCUAUCUUAUCCAUGCAGAGGGCUUGCAACUGUUGAUUACUCCUGUGUACUCUCCCUUUGUGAUUUCCGCUUUCUUUCCUUAUGCAUGCCCUUCUUGCAUCUCAGCUCAUCUGUAAGCUGCUUAUGCAGCCACACUGAUUUCUUUAAAUGCCUCCCAUUUUUCUUUCUUGUUGGAAUUGUCUGCCUUGUGUCUUCAGUAUUUCACCUUUAAGAAACUCUCAUCCAUCUUGGACUCCCUUCUCUUUGAGUAUUUCGAAACAUGGGAUCUCACUCAGUUGUUUCUUAAGCUUCUUGAAAUCAGCCUUCUUAAAGUUCAGAGUGUAUGUUCAACUACACUCAGUUUUCCCUUCCCUCUGUAUCAUGAAACUCAAGAGGACAUGAUCACUUCCUUCCAAGGUUCCCAGUACUUCCACUUCAUCAAUCAGUUCCUCCCUAUUGGUGAGGACCAGGUCCUAGAUAGAUGAUCCCCUUGUUGCUUCUUCCACUUUCUGGGAAAUGUAAUUGUCAGUGAGGCAAUGGAGAAAUUUGUUGGACCUUGCAUUCUUGGUAGAGUUUGAGUUCCAACUGAUAUUGGGGCAGUUGAGGUAUCCCAUGACUACUAUAUCUCUCCUUUUUUGAAUGUUUGAAUGCCUGCUGUAGGAAGGCAUCAUCCAAGUCUUCAGUCUGGCUUAGAGGUCUAUAGCAGACGCCUAUAGUAAGGUCACUGUUGUUUCCCUCUCCUACAAUUUUUACCCAUAUAUUCUCAAUCUGCCUUCCAUGUUCCAGGUCAUGGAUCUCUUCAUAAGUAUACAUAUCCUCUACAUAUAAUGCUGAAGCCAGGGGAAAUGGCAAUGUGUACACAGCCUAAUAUGCAUACUCUUCUGCAAUAUUUGCUUGCUAGGACAACUUGCUUCUGACCAAUGUUGUGUAUGCAGUUUCAGUACAAGCCAGCAGCCCAUUGGCUUUCUUUCUUUUUCUUUUUAAAAAUAAUUUUUAUUAAGUUUCCAUACACCAAAUCAAACAUAUCAUACCAAUUAAUCCAAAUUAUAACAACACAAAUCAUAAAAUCCAAAUAUUUUCCAAAUUAUAAAUUUUUGUGGGGGGUACCCAUGCUUCUCGAUCGGCCGGAGUCCAAUCAUCAAUAUUUCUGCUGCUUUCAUGUUUACAAUGAUGUUCCCAGUCCCAUCUUCUCACUCCUUGUCGUUAGUCAUUUUCCUUUUCGGUCACCUCCGAGUUUUCUCCGCAAGUGGAUUGAAAGAAACAGUCUUGUUUAUAUUUCUGUGUGGACUUUGUAAUGCUCUCUUGUAGAUCACUCCAUAAAUCUAAUAGUCCAGGCAUUCUGUUCGAGCAGGCAUUCGCCAUCUUGUUCCAUUCCGAUGAAAUACAGUCUAGAUGUCCGCUCAUUAACUUUACCAGACCCGCUGCAUCGUUAAUUAGUCUCUCCAGGAGGGUUCCUGCCCUUUCAAAUUUACGAUCCCAUCCUGAUAACAGAUCGGCAACUCGCCCUCCCUAAGACCAUAUAUCAUGCAACGAAGGUCUGCCUGUCCAUGUCGGAUCUCAUUUCUUACUGCGUCACAAAGAGAGACUCUCUUCUUUCCAAAUCUUUCACAGAAUAAAACCUUUAAUUCUUCUUGUUUUCCCCACACAGUUUAUUUUUAGUCCCACUUGCAAUUGGUCGUUAUGGCAGUUCUUCUAAGGGGGAGGGUUGUUAGGUAUAUCAUGUUAAAAAAGUAGAAAGUCCCCCCCCUUUCCGUUCUGUUCCACAUACCAAUAUGUCUGCAAUUCUUUGAUGUUGUCUCUGUUCCUUCCGUCCAAUCUUCAUCAUCCCAGUGGUGGAAUUAUUUAGCAGAUAAAACACUCCUGACCUCGCUUGAAGCAUGUACGUUUACUUCUCCAAUUUUUUUUUACUCUUAAGCAACGCAACCAGUUUCGCUCUUGGAAGCAGCGUCGGAGAAUUCCGAAGCCUGCCUGAGGGCUUUCCGCCCAGUGCCUCUCACCCCCUCCUUCUUCCGAACUCGGGGGUGAUUUAUGGCAACAGCGGGCGAGGCAGCAUCUCCCCAUAACCCAGGGAAGACAAGGGAGACUGAUUUACUCCCCAUAAUCAGCCUCUAAUUACCUUGUGCAGGCUGGAUAGAUGGUAUUGUCGGCCAUCUUCCAAGGCGCCCCUAGCGGCCCCCCGCCCAUUGGCUUUCAUUAGUGUUACCAGCAAGCAAUUUUACAAAGUGAACAACUUCCUUAACUCACGGCUCUAGACAUUUUUCUGCAAAUGCUUGUUUAUUCCCUAUCUGUGCUCUCCACCAUGUAGCAGUAACUACCAUUGAAGGCAUAGGAAGCACUAAGACAAGGUUGCACCCAGUGCAGGUAAGGUGUGGAGUUGAACCUACAUUCUAACAGUCCCUGGCCUUCCAUAUUACCUUGCCCAAGGCACAAUGAAUUGCUAAGCCUUAUGUGUUUUGUAAGCCCUUUCCCAAUCAAUUCAGGCAUUGUAUGGCAGCCAAGGAGCUGGCUAAAGGAAAGAGGAGGAUGCUCUCUAGUUGGAGAAAAGUGUAUGGUUCACCAAGAGUAGAUACAGUUCAUCAAGAUGAAGUCAUUGCACCCUUCUGCGCUAUUUUGUAGUCAUCUUGGGAGCAAAGCAGGAGUAUGCUUAUUACAUUUACUGAUGGAACCAAGUUGAAAAGUUAUUGCAACUAUGUAUUGACAAACUAUGCAGGGUGAAUUGGGAAGUCUCACAGGAAAAAUGGACACUGCACGAAACCCAUAGCAACAGUACCGGGAUUGUGCUCUUGUGCACAUGGGUAGGAGAAUGAAUGUGUUUUUUUUCUUCAAAGUUUCAACCGCUGAAAGAAGAAAUAUUAUAGUGAUUAUGAUUGAGUACAUCACUACUGGCAGUGAAUCCUCAAAUGAAGAAUGUGUAUGUUUUAGGCACGUGUUUAAGCAUGGUGUUUCCAUUAAGGAUAAAGCACAAUUACACACAUACCACAGCAGAUGUGGUUAGAGAUUACUUAAGAAAUUAGGCCUCUGAACUCUGUGCCUUCUUCGGCAAGACCUUGUUCAGUCCUGGAUCAACUAAGGGGACCAUUGUCAUACUAAUAAGAGCCUUCUGUCCUUGCCUUCUUCCAGGAAAGAAUAGCCAAAAGCCAUGGGUCUCAGUGUGGUUUCUGCACUCCUGGCAUUGUUAUGUCCAUGUACACGCUCCUUCGCAAUCAGCCUGAACCCAAAAUGGAAGCAAUUGAAGAUGCUUUCCAAGGUGAAAGGUUUUUGAAUCUUACUAACUUUUGUCCAACCCCCACGACACAACUUGAUUUUUUGGGGAGGGGACUGCAUAUAUGAUUGGAGAAGUGAUGGGCUGUUACAUGUUCCACCUUACACCUUGGAUAUUAAGAAAAAAAAGCCAGCUGCCUUCAGCUGCUUUGCCAUCCUUGGCGGUGGUAGGAAUGGCCCUGUUAUUGUGACUCAGCAGAGUAUGUGUGCCUUUUUAAAAUAAAAAGUUAACAUACCCCCUCAUGCAUUCCAAUUAGACUGUCCUUGCUGAUAGAAUCAUAUCAUUGCAGGGUGGAGGUGGGCAAAUCAUCUUAUUUUUAAAAAAAAGAUUGCUAGGGAAACUGCACAAAAGCUAUUCAUCUCUUUUACCAUCUGGCCCUCAGAUAAUCCUUGUAAGGUAGAGAGCUUACAAGGCAAAAUUUAUUAACUAGUAAUGUAGCAGCAAAGCUGGGCAAACAUUUGGAAAGGAAGUUUGGCAAACAGUUCAGGUCAAUUCUGUGUUACCUGGAGGUUAUGGUUGUGGUUCCAUUUGAGAUUAGAACCCCAUUUUCAAAGUUAUAUAGAACCACAAUGAUACUUACUCAUUUCUCUGGGGGUGAAUUUUGGAUAUCCUCAGAAAGUUUAAUGUCCUCCAUGGUAGAGCAGAGCCAAAAUAAAUAUCAUUUUUUUCUUGUACAUCCUUAAGUGACUCCUAACCUCUGCAACUUGAUUUGGUGAUUCAGGAAAUCUCUGCCGCUGUACUGGAUACAGGCCCAUUCUGGAGGGUUACCGGACGUUUGCAAAGGUAAGAAGCCAGAGAUCAAAAGCAUUUCGUAGAGUUAGGCUAGCUUUUGAUCAAUGCCAAUGGAUUAUACACCUAAAAUAGAAAAGGUUAGACUGCUGUGUCCAAUGUUAGUCCUACUCAGAGCAGACCCAUUUGUAUUAAUGGUUGUACAUUAGUCAUGUCUUUGAAUUUCAAUGGGCCUACUCUGAACAGGACUAACAUUGGAUACAAACCAAUUUGCUUUCACUUCUCCAGUGCCUCUUCCAUUUUUAGCAAUCUUGCCACAAAUGUUGUUACAACAAAGGUAGCGAACAUGGCAUCCUCCAGAUGUUGUGGGACUCCAAGUCCCAUCCAUCUGUGGUCUAGCAACAUAUGGAAGGCACAUUCCACAUUGCCUACCUCUGCUUUACAGAGCUAGCACUUCUAACGGGGGCGGGGAGGAUCUGUUCUAAAGUCUGGAUUUUCUGGAACAGAUCAUGAUUCUUGGAAGACUUCUGGUGCAAACUCUAUUGAAAUUAAUAUGGGAUGUGAAAGAACACUCUGCCCUUCCAUGGCUCCCAUUCAUUUAUGUAGGACUGGUACAAGAAAACAUCCUUGAAGAUGAUAUCCCAUGUUGGCAAAUUUAUUUCAAACUGGUGUUCACUUCAUUAAUUUAAGUCUGUUUAGGGAAAGGGAUACUCUAGAAAGGAGAUGGUAUGAGAAAAUCUGGAUUAAGGGAGGAGAAAGUGUAUUUAGGCAGUGAUUUGCAUGAUCCGCAGUUCCCUAGUGGAUAAUAAACACACGGAUACAAGUAUUUAGGUUUAUGGGUUCAAAUAGGCCACAGCUUUAUUGGUUACAGAUGUGAACGGUUUAGCUUAGACAUUGGGUGAAGCCAGGCUAUAUCUCGACUCCUGCCCAUCUGCAGGGAAUCCAUCUAAGAGCAAACCACCAAUAGGGGGAGCCCUGUGACUUAAAUCAAAUACGGGCAUCCCGAGGGGUCCCCGUUGGGGUUGUGGCAUGGCCCUAGCCCAUGUCCGGGCAUCAGACAGAAUCCACACCCCCGGAUCCCUUUAACAGGAUACCCUUAAUGAGGAGGGGCAGGCGGAGGCUGCAACUCCCCUCCAUCCAAACAAAGGCUUACCCAGUGCCUAAUCUCACAGAGUUGUGAUGAUUGCUAUAAGGUAGGUGAAAGCCAAAUGACUGGUGCCAAUUUGCCAAGUGGGAAAAAUUCCCACUUGGCCCCAACAAUAUGGCGGCUGACGUUUGUCCAUAGCAAGGUUGUGUCAUAGAAAAGCAUAAAAAGAGGGUGGAUGGGUUGGGAGAUCCGGGGAAGGGCACGAAAGGAGGGCUCCCCAUGGCCACGCCUCCCACAGUUGCUGAUUGGUCAGCAGGGCCACCCAUGGGCGGGGCCCCGCCCAGCACCAGUGACACAGCCUGGACAGUGACAUGGAGGGCGCCAAUUCCAGCCCCCCACCGGAUCACUGCAGGGCCCUGGAUGCCUGGCUGCAACGCCGCCCACCUGGAAAAGGUGAGUGGACUUGUAGCAGAAAUCCAUACAGACUAUGGAGAAUUAAUGGAGGUAUGGGAACCUUACUUUCCACUUUUAAUGAAUGAAUGAGCCCUAAAUCUGUAUGGUUAAAUGGUUUCAUUAGCAAAUGUGUUAAAUUAAUAUAGCUUUGAUGGAGCUUCUUUUGAAACAUUUCUUUCCAUCUAGGAUGGGGGAUGCUGUGGGAAUAAAGUUAAUGGUCUUGGUUGCUGCAUGGCUGGAAAGCAAAAUAAUGUGGUAAGUUGGUUAAUGGUUUAAGGUUGGUUGUCUCUUAAACCCGUCAUACAUUUCCAAGAGGAGAAAAUUAUUAUUAUUUUGUGUGAUGUACUUUAAAUCACUGCAAUUAGGAUAUUUCAUACCUGUCUUUCCCCAAAUCACUAUUGCAGGUUGCUGAGGGUACAGAGAAUUCUGUUGAAAAUUUUCCUAGCCCCCUCAAAACUACUAGGAUUCUCUCGGGGAAAGGAGAAUGACUAUUAAAACAUGUUUUAAAGUUUGUUGGUUAUAUUCUGAGAUUCCCAUGUCAGGUUUCAGGAAAUAGUAGUUACUGUAGUAUUGGGAUUUCAGGAGCUUUUAGACUGCAAUUCUGUGCACACUUAACUUGAGACUAAGCACCACUAAACGUACCCAGAUUUACUUUCAAGUAAACAUGCAAAUGAUUAUGCUCUUAAUAUGCUAUAUGAUUAUAUAUUAUGCACCAACCAUCACAGCUCUGACUUCACUCAUUGGCUAAAAACACUGAAAGGUGGGAGCAGCCAGGCAGGGUCAUCUCACAAAAAUAACUUGGAAGGUUGCUUGAACAUUUUGCUUCAUAACUUUCUUUCUAGAAGGGACAGAGACUUAGGGAUGAAUUCAGCAAUGUGCACAAGCUUUUAUGCUUGUCAGAUGGACUGAUCCCCCUUUCCUCACCUACAUUCUCUUUUGGGGGUACUUCUGACCCUUCAAAGUGGAAUGUGAAAGAGAUCCGGGGGAAGGACGGGGAAAGCUGUGCUGUGCUGGUAUCCCCUUAUUAGUUGAGUCUUGGCCUUACUUUUAAAAAAGAAAAAGAAAAGAAAGCCCAGAGUCUGGGGUACCUGCUGACUAUGGGUCUGGUAUACCAGUACCCCAGAACUUGUCUCUUGGCACUCCUGGAUAUAAACAUAAGUCUGCAACCAUGUUCACACCUGCCUGGGAGUUUGCUCUACAGUGGUACCUCGGGUUACUAAACACCUCUGGUUACAAACACUUCAGGUUACAGACUCCGCUAACCCGGAAGUAGUACCUCGGGUUAAUAACUUUACCUCAGGAUGAGAACAGAAAUCACACACCGGCGGUGCAGUGGCAGCAGGAGGCCCCAGUAGCUAAAGUGGUACCUCAGGUUAAGAAGAGUUUCAGGUUAAGAACGGACCUCCAGAACGAAUUAUGUUCAUAACCAGAGGUAUCACUGUAUUUAAAACAUACUUAUUUCAGUGCGGCUUAUUCUCAAGUAAGUAGGGUAAGGACAGCUGUAUUUGUUAGGAUUUUCUCUGUUCGUAAUCAUCUGAAAUAGUGUGUGUCCUUUUAAAUCUUUUAUGUGUGUGCCUUAUAUCUUAGUAGUUGCUGUUUUAAAUGGAAAGAGAGAACAAAUGACAUUCCAUCUCCAUGUAAGAAAGUUCCUGAUUCCCAUGUUGCUCUUUCUCUCCCCUCCAAAUAGGGUCAGGGUUGCUGUGGAGAAAAAGUGAAUGGCUGUUGCAUGAAUGGAAAAGAGAACAAUACUGUAAGUUCCUAUUACUGUAGUUCCUCUUCUUCCAUCUUCUUUUGUUGAAAUAAAUAUAUAGAAUAUCAAGCCAUGCUGAAGCAAAGUACAGAUAAAGCUAUACCUCUAUUUUUUGGUCUUGAAAUGGUGUGCCCAGCAGCCUUUGGAACAUAGUGAGUGAUCUCUGAGGGAGGGAGGCAAACAAUGAGCUGAGCCCUUUCCUGUAUCUUGUUGGGAGAACAGGUUGUGAAUGGGAGUUAGCAGAAGCAGUGCACAAUUUAAUUCAACUGCAGUUGUUCUUGUUGGGUCAUGGAGGUCCUCUGUGGACCAAGGUGCUUCCAUGCUAUUGAUGGAAUGUGUAUCUAUAUAGCUAUUUAAACCAUGUUAAGUAUAUUAAAAAGUUAAAUGUUCAUUAUUAAACAAAUAUUGUGAUUGUUUCAAGUCCUUUUCAUAGCAAGGAUUUUAAUUAUUUUUUAAAGUAUCACUACGAGGAUUUUACUACUGCUCUGUGUUGGGCUAGUAAUAUUGAUAUGCUUUGUAUAAGACAUACAAAUAGUAAUCUUCUUUAACAGGGAGAAAAAAAAUAUAUGCACUAACCAAUGACAAUUUCUUCAGGGAUUGAUCUCCUCAGAGCUGUUCAAUCCAUCUGAGUUCCAGCCUUUAGACCCUACCCAGGAGCCGAUAUUCCCACCAGAGUUAUUGGUAAGAACGUUCUCUUCUCAUGACUUUCUUGUGGGGUUCCUCCUGCAUGGAAGAUUUACCUAUCCAUUGACUUCUGUGCAUGGGCUGAGAACAUGUUGAGAUGAUGCACUGUCUUGGGACAAUAGACCAUGAAUUCACUUCAGCUUCUGUAGUUUAAGCAGUGAAUCACUUAAACACAAGUAGGGAGAGGGAGAAUCAACAACCAUAGGUAAGAUUGAGCCACUGGUCUUUCAGCUUUGGGAAAAUAUAGUUGUACACAACAGAAGGGCUGUUAUCUCUGGGAGUUUACAGUUCCAUAGGGAAAAGCACUUCCUAUGACCCAAGAUAUGAAGCAAUGGAGUACAGAACAACUUGUUAUUCCAUGUUUGUGUAGACUGGAGUUGUUGCAUCGGUAUAGCAAUCCUAGGAUAGCCUUGGCACAGAGAUAUACAACUUCUUAACUGCCUUUGUGUCUUGGUCUUUCCUCAUGAAGUUCCUGGAGAUGGACAUAUGAUUGUCCCAUAUUAUCAUUCCAACUGGCCUGUGGGGUAGGAUAUUCUGAGGUAGUGAGUGGCUGAAGGCCGUGCAUUGACCUUGAGCGAUGGUUGUUAAGCUCUGCUGGUCCCCUGGUCAUUCAUUGUCCUUGCCUUGGUGGAGGACCCUUAUUUGUGUCCAGAUAAUUGUCUUCAACCAGACACUGAGCACAGCCAGGAGAAGAGGCAAAGCUCAGUGGUAGAAGACCCCAGGUUUAGUCUCUGGCGCUUCCAGGUAGGACUGAGAGAGAACCCUGUCUGAAAUCUUGGAGAGCUUCUGCCAAUAUGUGUAGAUGACACGGAGUUGGAUGGACCAAUGGUUUGAUUCAGAACAAGGCAGCUUUCUAUGCUCCUACAUGACAGGUGGGGACCACUGCCAGUUCACAACCACACCUAGGCGGUGGGGCCAACCUGUGCAUUCAAUAUGAUGUCAAAUGACUUGACAGGUGCAUGGUCUGGCCCACUUUUCAAAGUUGGUCCAGCAGGGUGGGGGAGAUCGAGAUCAGGCCUGCCACACCAAAAAGGUUCCUCAGCCCUGACCUAUGAGGAUAGGGACAUCUGAACAUGAGGCUAGCACAUACAUCCCAUCCAAACUUUAUUCCUUCAGCUGCUCUAUGGAUGCUUCCGACACUUAAAACUCACCUAAGGGCAGUGCUAUUUUUCUAGAAAAAGAGGUGCUGGAACUCACCACGAAUAUAUACCUUGUUCUCUUAUAAUGGCAAAGGUGCCCACCUGAGAGGUGCCAGAACUGAGUUCCUGUGAGUAUUGGCAGAAAAACACCUGCUUAAGGGUCAAACUACACAUGACACUCACACCCCCCCAAGCAAAUUUGAAAGAUCUCACUUUCUUUAUGAAGGUACAUGGAAUAAGAAGUGGCUGAGGUUCAUAAUCAUAAUGAUCUGCCCAAAGCAUUGGAAGGUUAAACUUCAGUGACUUUUGGAAGGCUGUUUGCUACAUGUAUAUUGAAGGGCAAAGUUACCUUGUGGUGUUGCUUUCACCUAAGAUAUGGUUUUGUUUUGCCUAUGAAUACUUUGCAAGGCACCAUAUAAAGGUGUGACACACCAAAGCACAACAAUAACAGAUGACUACUUCUAACUUUUCUGUUUCUUGUCAUAGCUUUAUGGUUUCAGUCUUGCUUCUCCAUAGGAAGAAUCAUACAGAGCCCUGAUUCCUUGCUCCUGUGCCAACGUAUUGUGAUUUGAAGCUAAAUCUGGUGUUGUUUCCUCAGACUCACACUGAUCAGCCUCAGAAGCAACUGUGCUUCAAAGGGGAGCGAGUGAUGUGGUUUCAGCCCUCAAGCCUCAAGGAACUGUUGGUGCUCAAAGCUCAGUACCCAACUGCCAAGCUUGUGGUGGGGAACACUGAAGUAGGUAAGGAAAGAACUCAGUUUCUGUUUGAGUUUUUUGUCAGUACAAUGCAAAGGCUAAGGCUUCGUCCACACUUCUGCUUGUUCCUGGCCCAGAAAGCAUGGGUCUGAGUGGUUUGCUUUUUGUCCCACUGCUUUCCCGGGGAAAACCCCCCUCUAAAUCAGAGCAAAUGUCAAUCCAUGGAAAAUCUGACUGACAUUUGCUCCGAUUCAGCUGUAAAGAGCAGGUUUUCUCUGGAGGAAAGUGGCGGCACAAACAGAAGUAUGGACAAGGCCUUAAAUUGCCUGCCUGGUUAAGAGUUUACCUAUGCCUUUCUUUAAACCAUCUUAAGAUAUUGCCCUGCCUCCACUGUAAUAGUUGAGCUUUUUAAUAGUUGAGCUUUGAGGUAUAAUUGAUGUGCUCCAGCUGGAACAUAGGAAACUGUCUUACACUAAGCUGUACCAUUAGUCCUGGGACGUGUAUGGCGCUGUGGGUUAAACCACAGAGCCUAGGACUUGCCGAUCAGAAGGUUGGCGGUUCGAAUCCCCGCGACGGGGUGAGCUCCCGUUGCUCGGUCCCUGCUCCUGCCAACCUAGCAGUUUGAAAGCACACCAGUGCAAGUAGAUAAAUAGGCAGGAAGGUAAACGGCGUUUCCGUGCGCUGCUCUGGUUCGCCAGAAGCAGGUUAGUCAUGCUGGCCACAUGACUCGGAAGCUGUACGCCGGCUCCCUCGACCAAUAAAGCGAGAUGAGCGCCGCAACCCCAGAGUCGGCCACGACUGGACUUAAAUGGUCAGGGGUCCCUUUACCAUUAGUCCAUCUAGCUCAAUCUUGUCUGACGCUCACUGGCAGCAGCUCUCAAGAGUGUCAGUCCUUCCCAGCCAUGCCCGGAGAUGCCAGGGAUUCAUUCUGGAACCUUCUGCAUGCAAAGCAUGUAGUGCCUGAGAUUGGCAUGAAGAAUCUGAGCAUGCCCCCACCCUUGGCCAGGCUCCUGGCAAACUGCACCUUCCAGUGCAGAUGUUUGGGUUCCAGAACCUAAUGGCAAGUUGGUUUUGUUACCCUCUGAGAGUCUAGAGGUGACCUUUACAUAUUUGAAAACAAUGCACAUUUUAGGUAAGGAGUGGAAAGUAGCCAGACUAAUUAAAUCUCCCCAAACCCAUCCUUUCUAAGUCUCUAUUGUCCCCAUUCUUGAUGUUUACCCUCGUGGUUUGCUAAUGCCAUGUUAGCUAGAAUCUUGUAAUUUCCCGUAGAAAUCAAACUGUGUGUGCUGAGGCAGCGUUUGUUGACUUUGCUAGCUGCAAUGGAGAAUCCCUUUGGCCCUUGACCUUAAACUUCCAUGGCAAAACAGUGCAAAUGCUUUGCGGAGAGAUUGUUCAGGCGAAAGCUCUAAGAGUCACUAUAGAUAUUGUCACAGAAACAGGCUUUGGUGGGCUGGGCCUGUUAAGUAACAGCCCUGCUCUUUCAUUGGUAAACCUGUUAAGUCUGGCCGGCUGCCAUGUCUGCAUUGACCUCAUUGGAUUGUGUUUCCUUGAGGUAUUGAAAUGCGGUUAAAGAACAUGCUGUACCCUGUGAUCAUAGCACCAACUUGGAUCCCUGAAAUGAACUCUGUUCAGCACACUGAGGAGGGUAAGUAGCAACAUGCUUAUUGCCUCAGGAGACAGGCCGUGGGCCUGAGGAAUGUGCAGGGAAAGACUUCUAAGCAAUGCAAAGGAUUCUGGAUGUUGAUUUGUCACUAAUUAGGUCCACGGGCCUGUCUCCCGCCCACUACUGAUCUAGUGAGUAGGUGGAUCCCCUGCUGUGAUACCUUCUUUGUUCCUGAGGCCAAGGUGUACCGACUGCAUUUAUGUAGGCAGUUCCAAAAUGAAAAUAAUUGUCUACUUUGCAUACUAUUAGUGAGCAUGCUGCUGAACAAACCGCCUCAUUUUUUUCUUUAAGGGAGUGAACCCCCAUGUUGUAGUGUGUCUGUGUCUGUCUGCGCUAAUAACACACCCAGCACAGCAUAGAUUCAGCCACUCCUUGCCUUUCUCGCAAAAAGUGGCACAUCUGAAAUAGUUUCCUGCCUCUGCAUCCUCUAAAUGUGGUAACUGGCUCAGUGGUGGCUGGUGCCCAUUGGGGCUGGUGGAGAAGAAGGCAGGGAGACCAGCACAGGUUGGGCACUGCCUCAUAUGGCCAAAUGGACCAGUCUCCAUUGAACUUGACAUGCUGACAGCUUUAACAUCCUUUAACUGUGCUUAGAGCUCCUGGUGCCCCAGGAACUCCCAAGAUAUAAGCUGAAGAUAAUAAAAUGCUUCCAAGAAGCCACAGCCUCUUGGUUUAGAGGUCUUAAAAUACUACCAAGGCCCAGGGGCGAAGGAAGGUGUCGUGACACCUGGGGCAGGCGUCACUACGUAGGGUGCAUGUGCGGCAUCGCUACAUAUGGCGCAUGCAUAAAUGCUGUAUAGCGGUUUGCCGCUGGCGCCGCUCCAGCGCCUUAUGGAUGGUGCCGGGAUCCCUCCGGCACUGCUACAGCCGCAAACGAAGGAUCCUCCGUUUGCGGCUGCAGCCUCAAGCAGAGGAUCCUGGCACCGUCUGUAUGGUGCUGGAGCAGUGCCAGCGGCAAACAUACAAUGCAUGUGCGGCAUCGCUAUGUACAGCGCAUGCAUGCGAUGCCGCACAUGCACUGUACUUAGCGGUUUGCUGCUGGUGCCGGGAUCCUCUGCUUGCAGAUGCAGCUGUGAACAGAGGAUCCUCCAAAGGCGGCUGUGCCGCCACGAGCCCCCGUGGGGUGACUUCUUGUCACCCCCGCAGACAUGGAACCUGGGGCGAACCGCCCCCAUGCCCCCCCUUGCGACGCCGCUGCCAAGGCCUGCCAAUGCCUCAGGACAGCUCUUUCAUCUUGAGAAUCUACGUUAUAGCUACCAGCCAAAUCCCUCUUGUGUCUCUGCUUUUCCAGGAAUUAGUUUUGGAGCCUCAUGCACCCUGAGCCACAUGGAAGAGGUUCUGCAAAAAGCAGUGGCUCACCUUCCUCCUUACAAAUCAGAGGUGUUUCAAGCGGUCCUAGAACAACUGAGGUGGUUUGCAGGGCCUCAGAUCCGAAAUGUUGCUGUAAGUGCUCUCAAGACCUUUUUUCCUUUUGAUGUGAGCAAAGGCAGCUUUCAGGACGGUUGUUCCUUGAGACUUCAUGCUAAUACAUUUGCACAAACUUGCACAAGAUUAUACGGUGCCUGUGCCUGUUGCUCAUUCAUCCUGACGUGUUUGCAUCGAGGUUAUAUGAUACUGACAGCUAUCAAUUGCUAUGCUGCAUUUUACAGUGCAAUUUUCUGUCACUUCUUUUUUGUCAGAUGACUCACAGUCAGAAAAGUGGAACAAUAAUUGCACUGAAGUGCAGGCUAGUAAUUUGUUGUUAUUUGUUGUUAAAAAAUAAAUAAACAGCCUAUCUGGAAGUGCGGAAAGACUCAAAUGAGAAAAUAGCAGGCAGGCACGAUGCGCCUUUCCUUUGAAUCUUGCCUUGCUUUGCAGUUUUACUUCCAGUUUGACUCUAGGCCCUUUGCACAUUACUCACAUGAAGGGGCAUUAUAGGUGAGAAGUGCUGGAGUUGGGGAAAGGCACUGAGCAAGAGAGCUCUAGAGUAGGGCUGGGGAACCUCAGAAAAGCCCUGAUGGAUCAGCUCAUAGGUCCAUCUGGUCCAGCAGCCCGUUUUCACAGUGGCCAACCAGAUGCCCUGGGCAAGCCUACAAGCAGGACCUGAAUGCAGUCUCCUCACUAGUAAUUCACAGCAACUGGUAUCCAGACAUAUAUUGUCUCUGAUACCAUGCUCUCCUCACCCCUGAUUGUUGUCUGGUGCUGAUGGGAGCUGAGAUACAAUGGCAUAUGGAGUAUGGAGAGAGUAGGCAGAGAGAGGCUCAGAUUGGGUCCUGUUCCUGCAAGUGGACUGGCUUGGGCUCCAGCAGAUCCCUCACUCAUGUUGCUCCACCCCUGUGUUGGGUGCUGCCCCCGCCCAGAUUUGAUAAUUCAGUAACAGUGUUUAAACAGAAAGAAGUAUUCUUGCAAUGUCUUUCCGGCUGCUUUCUAACCCAACCAUGUUCUGUAUUUGGUUUCAGGCUCUUGGGGGAAAUAUAAUGACUGCAAGUCCAAUAUCUGACCUAAAUCCAGUGUUUAUGGCAAGUGGGAGCAAACUGACCUUGGCAUCAAAUGGUAAGCUUUAAGUAAGAAUGGCAGAUGGUGCAUCACCAACCAUCUUCUGGCUCACUUAGGACAAUGAUAACAGCCCAGGGAAUUUUGUACCUCUGUUCUUUCUGGGGUGAAUCAGGUAGCACUGCAGCACCUGUUGUUUCCAUCAGCUUUGGUGGACAACACUUGGUAGCAUUGCUCUAGUAGAUCCUUCUUUUGCUUUGUUGAUUUUGAUGGCGAAUCUUUUCCAGGUCACUCUGAAUGCACAGAUUGUCUCUAAAUGCCCUCCAGAUAUUUUCAUUAAUUUCAAUGUUUGAAAUUUUGCAGUGUUUGGCAGUUGAUAUGAGGCAGUAUUUUGUAUUUGGCAGUAUUGGUAGCUCAAAUGCAGUGGCGUAUCCAAGUCGUCAAAAAUGUUUACACUGUUCAAUGUCUGUCAAGGAAGCUCUGCAUUCCUGUCACAGAAUCUUUGACCAUUAAAGAGGAUUGUUGGACCAGUUCAUGGGUGCACACUCAGUUCACAUGGAACAGUGUUGGGCAACUGUACUUGUGAGCUUAAGUGUGUUCCCUAACACACCCACACCACCCCUCUGUGGUUGUGCUUUGGCAAGCUGGGUUUGAUCAUAUAUGAGAAGGUGCUCAGACAAAACCCUCUCAUUAAACCUUGCAGGGUGCAACUCUCCUGUUGACAAUCAUCUCCUUCCCUGUUGCCUCUCACUCCAGAUUCCCACUGAAGCCAUCACAUAACCACAAACACUUAGGGUGUAUAUAUGAAACCAACCUGCCUCUCAAAUGUGGCUACCCCACCCAACAUCCCUCCCUCCUUGGCUCUCACCCAGAGAGGAAAACCUAUGCUAAUACAACCAAGAGAAUCCCCACCCCACCCCUUGCUCCUCCCUAAAGGGUGUUACUCCUUUGGGGUCUCCCCAUGCUGGGGAUGCCCCCUGCCACAACAGUGCCUCCUUUUAGCCUCUGACUUGAUACCAAUUUCUGCCUGUCCUGGGUUCAUGAUUUUGACUUCCCAAGUUUUGUCAGCAAGGAUGUCCUGCUUAACCCAUUUAGAGUGGUCUUUAGGAGACCUUAACCAUGCAAAAAGAUGCUGAUGCCAGUCAGUACCUGACAGUACACAAGAGAAAAAGCACACACAUUAUGGGAAUAUACUGCAUUACUGUAGCUGCUAGAAUAUAUUCUUCCAUUAAGUAUAGCUCCAUAGUAAGAAUGAAUGAAAUGGAAUAUGAUUUCCCUACACAUUCCACCCACUAUGUACUGUCUUUUUUUUUGCAGAGGGAAGGAGGACUAUAAGGAUGGACGAGACGUUCUUCACUGGUUAUAGGAAGACUAAGCUUAAACCUCAGGAAAUACUGCUCUCUGUUGAGAUUCCCUUCAGCAGGAAGGUGAGGUGAUUGGAAUACAGUAUAGCAUUGCUUUGAAAGCUAGGUAGAGAGCAACAGUUACUUUAAUGGGAAUGCAAAAUCUCUCUUGGUUCUACUGAUCCAUCCUUGAAGGAAAGGUGGGUAUGUUAUGAUUCCUCAGGAAUGCAGGAAGAUCACAAAAAUGAAAGGAAAAUGAAGGAAAGACUAGUUCCUAGAAAGUAACCAAUAUACUCCCCAGCUACUUCAAGUGAAGUGCAACCCUGGGACAUUUUGAAAUAUGCACAAGAAGGAGUAUGUAUGUAACACACACACACAGAGAAAGAGAUUACCACAUUAUCCAGCUCCCAUUGCUUCUCAGGCCCUACUUCUGGGAAAAGAGCCCAUUGAUUAAUAUUUUUUGAUAGUUGCUCAGGAUCAGCCCUUAUAUUUAAAAUGGUAUUAUUUAUUCAUGUAUUUAUUUAUUUAUUUAUUUAUUUAUUUGAGGGGAAGUUAGCCUAAUUUUCAAGGAAACUCAAGGCAGCUAGUUAAAGGAACCAAGUUUGUUCCUCUUUUUUGCCUCUUUUUGACUGAAGUGAAAGCAUUUGUUUGGGAAUAAAUUGUAAGGGUUAGUUGAGGACAAGUCCCUCUUGAACUCCUCCAGCUUACAGUAGUUUUCCAGCAAUGGAAUUCCAUUGAUUUUAAGUGAGGUCAUGUAAUAUUUAUUUUAGGUUUUCUUUGUUCUCAAGGAUUCAGCACUUGUUCCAAUAGAGUAUACCGUUAUUAAGUUGGCAUGGAAUAACUGUUUCUGUGCCACAAAUGAGGGACCAGAAUGAACCUGUAAUUCAGGGGUGAGGAACUCACAUUCCUCCUCCCAACAGGCACACUCAAUAGUCAGGGAUGUUGGGAGUUACAGUACAACGCCUGGAGGGCCAGAGAUUCCCCACCUCUACUCUAAAUGGAAGGCAGGCGUAUCUCCUUCCCCUGCUGAGUCCUUUGCUUUCCAAUAUAUUAAUCAGAGCCAAGUGGCUUUGUUACCACCUACCUGUAGAAAUGUAACUCGGUCAGAGUUGCUUUCCUGGGAAAAGAUGGGCAAAGAUUGUGACCUCCUCUCUCAGUGAAUCAGGCUGACUUGCACUUCAUGAAUUUAGGUGUACAUGUAAAAAUAAAUAAAUUAAAGCAUGGCUGAGAUAGACAUGGAGGAUAUGGACACACUUGUGAGAGAGCCAAUCAAUCAAUCAAUCAAUCAAUCAAUCAAUCAUAAACCUGGGUUUGCUGUCACAAAAGUCUAUUCAUGGAUAUGUAGUCAGAGUCUGUUAUGUAGUGACUGUGCAGGAGUCCUGUUGUCUUUUACAAUUGAACCCCCUCCCCCGCCAAGUUCACUGACUGGUCUGGUUUGGUCCUGCCCCUCUGUAAUCACUGGAGGAUUAAGGGAAGAAGCUGAGAAGUAAGUGCCCCAAAGCCUAUCCUCUGAAAUACAACAAACAGAAGAACUACAUUCAGUGGAAAGUUUGAAAAACAACUACUCCAUGCUCUAAAGUGAAAUGUCCUUGCAUUAUUUUUCAGGGCAGAGCAAUAUGGACCCCAGAGGUGCUGUGUGUCAUAGUGCAAGAUAGAAACUGGCACUGACUGCAUGAAACCGUUGAUUAGAUUUCCCUUUUCCAGUGUUAUAUCAGCCUUGGGAGGAAUCUCUUGCCUGCUUUGCAGGAACGUGCAGCAGUGUAGCUUGAGACUCAGUACAAAUAGUGCAAAGGACGACCCAAACACUUACGUUUUGAAUUGUUGCAGUGGGGUGGUUUAAUCCAGGGAUGAGGCAUCUGUGGUCCUCCAGCUAUUGUGAGAGUACAACUCCCCUGAUCCCUGACCCUUAGGCAUGCUUGCUGGGGUAGAUGGGAGUUGAAGUUUCACAACAUCUGUUCACAGGUUCCCCAUGUCUGGUUUAACCUCCUUCCUAUUUCUACAGUUCUGUGAUUCUGUCUGCCAGUUAGUGAAUUUUGCUUUUUAGAAAUAUAGCUCACAGCACCCUCUGCUGUGCAUACAUAAAACAACAUUAAAUCCUGCUUGUUUUAAGAAGUCUCAUUUGGAAGUAACCCUGUCCAAGACUGCAGCCUCUUCUGCCAUCUUACAUGUGGUAGUGCCACUUGACUGCAUGGCAAACUGGGCACGAAACACUAAAUUCUGAUACUGGAGGUAAUGGAUAGUCAGCUAGCCAGGGGCUACUUUAACCCACUCAAAACUUUGCUAUCCAGACAUUCCUACUUUUCUGUUAGUGACCAGUGUUCAUAGAGAAGGAAGUACGUGAACAACUAGCCUUACACAUUAAUUUUAUGCGCUGUUUAGUGAAGAGGUCUAAGUUGCAGAAUGAAUUUAGUGUGUGAUGUUGUCUUGUGUUUUUACUAUUUCUUUGUUGGGAGCUGCCCAGAGUGGCUGGGGCAACCCAGUCAGAUGGGCAGCAAACAAACAAACGAACAAAUGAACAAACAAAUGAACGAACAAAUGAACAAAUGAAUGGCUAAUAUUGUUGAUAUGCAUUAACAGCUGCUUUUUUUGCGCUUGCUGCCCUGGGUUGAAAAUAAAGUACAUAUUUUUGGGAACUUUCUGGUUUUUAGUUCUGGGUAUAGAAAUGGACUAUGAACCUGUCCAUUCUCUUGAUCCCACCUGUGCUCAAAGAGAACAAAUUGAGGCAAACAUUUGUUUCCUUUUCUUCUCCUAGGGUGAAUAUUUCUCAGCAUUCAAGCAAGCUUCAAGGCGGGAGGAUGACAUUGCUAUAGUGACCUGUGGGAUGAGAGUCCUGUUUCAAGAAGGAACUGAUCAAGUGCAAGAUAUUAAGCUGAGCUAUGGAGGAAUGGCUCCCACAACUGUAUUGGCUGUCAAAACUUGUCAGGAGCUCAUUGGAAGGUAGGAGAAUUAGGCCCUGGUGUUGUGUAACAGAGGAAAUUAUUGUUGCACACCACCCCAAUCUCCAAGUGGUGCAAGGCUCCAGGGGUUCCCAGCAUUCCCAGGGUUUGCAUUUUUUUCAGAAUGUGGCCCAGUGGCGACUGUGGUGUCUUUAUGAUAUAUGGUUUAUUGACACAUAUAUACAACAUUGAGCCUACAGUGGAGAGGUUCACAGCAAAAAGGGCCUUGCUUCAUCCAUCUUGCAGCCUCUGAUUCAAACAGAUUCUCUAUCUCUCUUUCCAGCUUGCUGCUUUUUCUUCUGGCUCACAUCACUUCACUCUUCAACUCUCACAUUGUCCUUCUAACUAUCUGUGAGCUGAGGGCUCAUUUGCCAUCUCACACAGACCCCCUUCUCAUUAUUCCCCUUCAUGGCCCAUUGCCUGGGUGAUCACCUCAUCAGGAAGCUGGUGUGGCUUAUAUUUCAAAGCUUGCUGGAUCUAGGGGUUAGAAGGGUCUUUGCAUAUGUCCUACACCUUCAAGUUAAAAACAACGACCCUCAUAACAUCAUGUACCUGCAUGAGAGUCUUGGGUACCGAACCCCUUGCUGACAGUUUCUGCUACUGUGUUUUUAUCUAUUUUGUAUUUCUUAGAUUUUUAUACCACCCUUCAUCAAAAGAUCUUGGGGCAGUUCACAAGAUAAAAAUACAAGAUAAAUACAAGAUAAAUGUUGACACUGCUGGUUCUUUUCGUCCUUACCCCAUCAUCGAUGCAGAUGCAUUGGAGAUAAACAUAGUCUAAGUUAGCAAUGGGGAACCUGUUGCUAUCCUUAUGUUGUUAGACUACAACUCCCAUCAUUCCUGACCAUGCUGACUAGAGUUGAUGGGACCUGGAGAACCCCACAUAAUCUGGAGGGUUACAACUCCCCUGACCUGGCCUAAAGACUGUGGAACAAAUGAAAUGAGUUUGGGGUUAAUUUAUGGUUUAUGCCCCUACAGGGAGUGGAGGGAAAAGCUCUUGCAGGAAGCCUGUCGCCUGCUGGCUGGCGAGAUGAACCUGUCCCCUUCAGCCCCGGGUGGCAUGGUGGACUUCCGACGGACCCUUGUCCUCAGCUUCUUCUUCAAGUUCUAUCUCACGGUGCUUCAGAAAUUAGGCAGGGAACUCAAUGGCAACGUGAGUGGUUCCAUCCUCUUGCCGGGUUGAGGGUUCAGCAGGAAUCCAUAGUGUGUAGAGACAGAUUCUAUUGAGUUCUAGGGGUUCCUUUAGAAAUUGGCAUACGAGAAGGCUGGAAUGGGGUACCUGUGGUUCUUUCAAUAUUGUUGGACUCCCAUCAGCCCCAGCAGGCAUAGCCAAUUAUCAAGAAUGAUGGGACUGGUAGUCCAACAAUAUGUGGAAAGCCACAAGUUGCCCAUCUCCACAAUAGAGGAAAUGUCUUUUGUGGUAGGUGUUUUGCACUGUAAGUUCUGGGUCCUUGAAGCUUUCUGGCAUGGUCUAUAGUGGGCAGUUGUCAUAACAGACUAAAAGAGGAGGAGGAGGGAAAGGGGGAAAUCUGGAAAGGAAAAGGGGACUUGCUCCUUUCUCAAAUCACUCCUCUAACAGUGAUGGACCAAAACUGGAACUUUGGGUGAUUUGAUUUUUUACACAAGUCACAAAGAGGGAAAGUUGCAUAGGUAGUAUUAGCUGUUCAUAAGUUUUUGGAUUUGUUUGUUUUUAAAAAUAAGAGUAAUGCUCUGUGCAAAAUGCAAGAGGCAUAUGAGUAGACUUACACUGGAUUUCAAAUAUGUUUUUACAGAAUAAUCUUGCUGAUACGGUCCCUGCUAGGUAUGCCAGUGCCACUCAAUUAUUUCACAAGGAUCCUGUUAAAAAUGUACAGUUUUUCCAGGUAAGUAAGAGGAACCAAAUGAUCAUGCCUUCCAGUUCCCAGGUCUAUAAAAUGUGCUACUCUUUGUCUCCGUUCCCCAGGUCUCAUAUUGAUCAAGAACUUAUUCCCAUUCUAACUUUGGCCUUCUUUCCUCUUAUUUAUUUGUUUAAAUGAGCACUUCUUGCUGCAUAGAAUGAGCUCUGCAUGAGGCUGAAUGUGAUGAUGAUUACUGCUCUAUGCAUCCUCAUGGCCCCAUUGCCAGUACUGGAAUUUUAGCCUUUGGAGAAGAUACUAUAUUUGCCAGCAAUAUUAGCAUCAACAUUUGACCACUAGUCCUGGGCAUGUAUGACCAGCCUUUGGUUUUGUUACAGGAAGUGCCUCCUGGACAGUCCGUUGAAGACAUGGUGGGGAGACCCCUUGUGCAUCUUUCAGCUGCCAAGCAAGCAAGUGGGGAGGCAGUCUAUUGUGAUGACAUUCCUCACUACGAGAAUGAGCUGUACAUAACACUAGUUACCAGCACCAAAGCCCAUGCCAAGAUUGUGUAUGUAUUGCUUCUGCAACAGAUAUAUUUUCUUACACUAGUGAUAGCCGAGUGCCCACCACUCUGGCAGUUAGAGGAUCACUUCAGAGGCACCAGGCACCUUUGCCUCCUCCACUCUCAAGAAUAUUACAAAACAACAACAACAUGUAGCCAGUUUCCAUCACUGAGAGUAGCUUGCAAGAUGAUGGGCUGGAAGAGUCAAACUGUGCUGUGACUCCAGUCUGCCACAUGGCAGCUGGGCAACUUAGGCUUUGGGACUUUGGCCAAACUUUCUCUAGGGAAUCCUUUCUUCAGAGACUGCUUAUGUGAGCUGUGGGGCUAGAUAACAUAGAGUAAUGCUUCUCUGUGCUGUUCUGUUUCCUCAGUUCUAUUGACACCACAGAGGCCCAGAAUGUCCCUGGUUUUGUCUGCUUUGUCUCUGCUAAGGAUGUUCCAGGGAGUAACGUCACUGGGAUCGCUAAUGAUGAAACCGUCUUUGCAAAGGACACUGUAUGUAGUUACCUUUUUCCCUUCCUUUUGUAAAAUGUGCAAAGCUGUAGCUAAGGCAAGAGUGGCUAACCCGCAGACUCUGGGCCAGAUUUGGCCUGCCAGCCCCAACUGCUUUCUAAGAUCUCCUGAUCUGUAAAUAAAGCGCAAAGUACCACAAAUCUCCUCCUCCUUCUCCUCGGAUAUUGAUAUUGUAUCUUUAAACAGCAACAACGCCCCUCUCCAAACAAUACCCCAGACCAAGAGUCUGUUCAGCCACCUCAGCUUUUGUAGUUGGAGUCAGUCAGGGCCUUGCUUUCCCAUGCCAGGUGGAAAAGGCCUGCAAGGCAGGGAGCAGGUCUUCCAGGACUUGCAGCCAAGACUGGAGAUAAGAUAGGAGACACACAGAGAGUACCCUGAAUCUCCACUUCAAGUCAGCAUUUCAGACUGCAUUAACUGCUGAGUUGGUGGCGGGAUGCUGGUUUUUUUUACCCUUGAAGAGGAGGCAGAGGUCUUUCUCUCCAAGCUUAAUGCUAUAAUGCUUGAGAUCAGGAGAUAAAAUCCAUCUGCCUGUUCUUUAGAAAGGAUAUUCCCAAAUAUUUGCUUAUGUUUCCUACCUAAAGGCUUCCAGUACCUUUUCACCCCCAUACUCCCCUUCAGAAAUUAAUAGAAGAAAUUCUGUAGUGAAUUAGUAGAUUUAUGCAUGUUCAAAAAAAGAAAAGAAAAGAAAAAAUGGAAGAGAACCUCUACUAAUGAAGGAGGAUACGUGGGACAAGGGCUGGAAUUAAAAUAAUUGCACAGUUAACCUGCAAACUAAUUGCAAGAUGUUGAUGCCUCCCUGAUGAAGUAUUAACAGUUAUUCAUGUCAGGAACUUGUUAGUAGAAUUCUAAGCAUGGGAAUGAAUGGCAGAAAAUAGGAUAAGGCACAAACUUGCUGUACUUGAAAUGAUAAUCAAGGGGAAUCAAGCUGGUGCAGACAUAUUGUGCAAGGCUUCCAUCUUGUCUACUCUUAUGUGAAAAACAAGGACUUCCACUUGAACUCAGUGGGUCACUUCUGAUUGUGUGCAUUGAAGUUUUACCUCCUACUGUUAUUUAACUGCAUAUCUUAAUUCAAAAUCCUGCCCCACCCCCUUUAAAUGAAGAUGCAUUUCAAAGAUACUGUGUCCAAAAUUAAACGCCACAGCACAAAGAACAAAACAGAACUGAGAUUCCCAGAAGUCAGUGAAUAAACUGAAGUCUUUUGACUUGUAGGUCACAUGCGUUGGCCACAUCAUUGGUGGAAUAUUGGCAGACACACAAGAACAUUCCCGAAGAGCUGCCAGAGCAGUGAAGAUCACAUAUGAAGACCUUACGCCGAUUGUCACCAUUGAGGUAAGGUGACACUAAUGCAAUCCCCUUCUAAAUGAUUAGUUGAGAUUUUUUAAAAAAUCCUUUGGAGGCAGCUAUUUGAGUUUUUACUACUAUGAUUCUGAUACGGAUGGGUGAAAAUAGAAAGAGAGAAUUAAGACACAGAAUAUUCCUUUUAUUUAAAAAUUUAUUUAGAUCCAUACAACUACUGUCUCUGUGCUAUAUGUGUAUAGCCUGUGUUCUGUCCAUAGGGGGCAGUCUUUUUCUGCUCUUGGGCCCCUUCUGACAUACAGAUGUUGGCCCCUAUUCCAUUGUGUUGUCCUACAUGCAUAAAGCCCAUUCCUUAUAGGCCAGAGCCAUACAACCUAUAUCCCUGAGCUGAUGGUCCUAGAUUGUCUCCUAUCCAAGCGUUGGCUAGACCCAGACUUGCUUAGCUCCAGCAGGGACACUGCUUAUGAUUUUAUCCAGUUCAUAUCCAAUGCUGGGCAGGUGGACUUCUGCACAGUAUCUAGAGGUCCACUUCCUCUUCUCCAUCUUGCAACCCUCCAUACACCCUCAAAACCUGCCCUGGAGGUCCUGCAAACCUCUGGAGAAGAUUUUGAGGGCAUGCUAGAGGCUGCACUGUGGAAGUGAGUAAAGGAAAGUCCUGUCAUGUGAGUGGAAGUCUGUUGCACUUAUUUCAGCAGCAGGGUUAGAUACUGAUGUUAAUCCCGAUGAAUAGGAGAUCCAAGUAGGGUGACUGCAUCCAAUAAAGAGAUGGAUCUUGAAGCUCUGGGAGUUGUGAAGAACGGAUUUGGGUUGUGUGCUGCUUUUUUCACCCCUCAACACUUACACUGCUUCACCAAAGUGUUUUUUCUUCCACACAACUGUCAAAAGUAGAGGAUCUCUGUUCUGUAUUGCCUCUAAUCCCAGAUGCAAAAUAGGUGAGGUUAUGUUUUAGAAGUGACCCAACCAUGGCUAAGUUAUGCAGCACUUUAUCAAGCAGAAUGGAAAGGCAGAGAUUUGAGGGCAUCUAUACACAGCAAGCCAAGCUGUCUGUUGCACUUCCAAAUAUCCAUCAUUUUCCUGUAAUUUUCCCAGGAAGCCAUUGAAAAACAGUCCUUCUUUGAGCUUGUGAGGAAGAUUGAGAAAGGGAACAUCCAGAAAGGAUUUGAAGAGGCUGAUCAUAUUGUAGAAGGUGAGAUCCCUUUUUCUUCUUUGUAAGGUUAUGUGCAUCUAAGAAAAUCAUUAAUGUUAUGCAAUCUUCACAUGAAUCAUACUAGCGUAACAAGCUUGAGAUUCCAAUUCUGGAAAAAUGGUUAGAAAUGGGAGAACCAUCAGUAGAACACAUUGGUUUGGUCCACGGUUUAGCCCAAGCUCUUCCCAGAAUUGGGUGAAACUUGGCAACAUUUCCUUGAGCAAACUGGUUGGUUGGAGGAUCCCAACUUGUCUGAGGGCUCCUCCAGGUUUUAUCCUGAUUUGCUUGCACAAAGCUUAUCUCGUGGAGGUUGGAGUGUAUCUGAUCUUCAGAUAUCUAUGUGGGGAAGUUCUGUGACAAGGAGUUUUCAUCCUGCUUGAAGAGUGUUUAUACAUCUCCCCAUUAUCAUUCGUUCAUUCCACACUUUUCAAUUCAUCCCCCCAUCAACUUCUUAACUGCAAAAAGUCCAUUUCUUCUUAAAAGUAGUUUUGUUGCACUUGAAUUGUGCGCAAAUCUAAAUGUCCUGGUAUGCGCUUGAAACCCACCCACCUACAAAAUACCGACAGUUGGCUGUUGACUGCUCUGGCUAAGAGCACAAUGGAGUGGUCUCUACUCUGGGAGGUGUGGCUCGUUUGAGGGCUCUUGUGAUGGGAGACUGUAGACUUUUGCAUGCCACCCCGAUCUCUGAGCGGUGUGAAAGUCCAGGGAAUCCAGUUUCUUCCUGUUAAGAAGAAAUUAAAGAGAAGAGGGAAGGAAGAGAGAUUGUUUGGGAACUGGGAGAAGUUCCGCAGGUGGUGCUGUAGGUGGCAGCAAGGUGAUGAAGGCAAGAGAUAGACACAGGAUCUUCAUUUCCUCCCGAGCUCUUAGAUUUUGAGCACUCAAAAGAAGAAAUUUGGUAGCUGGAGGCUCAUUUAAGUCCCCAAUAAUCCUUUGGACUUAGAUAGUUACUACAUUGGGAGGUUUCUUCUUUCCCCCUUCCAGGUGAGAUAUAUAUCGGUGGACAGGAGCAUUUUUAUCUGGAGUCUCACUGUACUAUUGCUGUGCCAAAGAGAGAAGAUGGAGAAAUGGAGCUCUUUGUAUCUACUCAGAACCUAACAAAGACACAGGUGAGGCAAUCCCUUGUGAAAGCGUUAAGCUGGCUAAUGAAGCCGUGAAAUUGAAGUACAAAACCUGUGUGAUAUUGCUGAACAAAAACCCACCUGGUUUGCAUAAGUGCUUUGCGAUUAUGUUUGUCUCCUUUUAUAAAUACUGGAUGCUUAUGAAGAAGCCACAGGGCAGUGCUGGAGUAAAGGCAUCCUGUGGUUUUUGUGGAGUACCAUCUUUUGUUGUUCUGUGAUUUGAGGUUGCCCAGAGUGUGAGAUUCAGUCUCCUUGGCCAGCUUGGUUAGCAGGAAUUUAUGGCCUGGCCUUCUAUGAAUUUGUGUGAUUUCAGUUUAUUUGUGGCACACCCAUUUCCACCUCAGAAGUAUUCUACCUAAGAUGUGGAGCCAUCUGCUGGUUGGGACAAACUACACAUGAUGUUAAACUCAUAUUUGCAUCUAACAUGCAGGCUUUUAAAAGCGCAUUAGCAUCAGUGCAGGAUGGGCUGAAAAUUAAUGGAAUCAGAGAAAGAGAAUGUAACAUUUCCCUCCUCCACUGUAGACCUUUGUACCAGUGAGGAAUCCACCAAUACAGAUGUUAUUUUCAGUAGAGGAAUUUCCCUCAGCCUAUGUUUUACUUGAGGAUUAGCUGCUGAGAAUCAUUAGUGGGGAGAGUGCUAUUGCAUUUGGGUGCCUCCCAUAGGCAUCUGGCUUGGCUGCUCUGAGAACAGGUGUUGGACUAGAUUCCCAGGGCUCUUCUCAUGUUUUUAGGACAGCAGCCGGGGAAAUAAAGCAUUUAAAAUAAAUUUCUGCCAGCCUGCCUGCCUGCCCUGAAACCACAACUUGUCAGCACCUCCCCUGAUGAGGCUAUUUGCACUUGAAAAACAUAAACAAAACUCUGCCUGCUAGAUCUGCACCUUCAAAAAGCUGCAUGUUUGUGGAGAAAUGGAGGCAUUUAUAUUUUAUUCUUCAAAGCUACCAGUCCUUCUUUCCCACUCAACUUUGUAAAAAGUCCUAUGUAAAUAAAUGGACACCAAAGAGACCUGGACUUCGUGCUUCUUUGUACUAUUAAUUACAGGUGAGCCAGUAAGCUAGUCAAAGAUGUUUCAGAGCAGUACUAGAAAUUCCGGUGAGAUGCUCAUUAAUUGGUGACACUGUAUUGUAGUGUAUAUAUAAACGUCUUUUCAAGAGUAGGAUUGCUCUUGUGUCUUGUUCUCAGUGACUCUAUUGUUGCCUGUAGGCUGAUGUAUUUUUUUGUUUUUUGGUACCAGGAAUUUGUUGCCAAUGCCUUAGGGGUCCCGUCAAAUCGAAUUGUGGUUCGAGUCAAGAGGAUGGGAGGAGGAUUUGGAGGCAAAGAGACAAGAAACACCAUUCUCUCUACAGUUGUAGCAGUGGCUGCAGAUAAGUAAGUUGUGAUGAAUGGCCACAUUGGGAUAACCUGAAGUUGAAUAUUAGGAUAACUCUUUGUUGUUUAUAAGAGGAUCAAGAUUAUGGACUUGUUUCAGAUCUAGAACAUCUGCAUUUACUUUGGCAGGACGGUUACCCUGCUCCUUUCACCACUUAGGAGUUCAUAACUCUGCAUAAGAACCUAAGAAGAGCCCACUGGAUCAGGCCAAUGGCCUGUCUAGUCCAGCAUCCUGCUUUCAGUGGCCACCCAGUUGUCUAUGGGAAACCCACAAGCAGGAUUCAAGCACAAUAGCACCCUCCCCUCCUGAGGUUUCCAGUAAUUGUUAUUCAGAAGCAUUACCACCUCUGACUGUGCAGACAGAGCAAUAGCCAACAUAGCUAGCAGGCACUGAUAUACUUUUCCUCCAUUAAUUCAUCUAAUCCUCUUUUAAAGCCAUCCUAGAUGAUACUGCAGAAGACCUCCAUUUUCUAUCAUGCUUAUAGCCUCCUAUUUGACAGGCGUCUUCCGCAUGAAUGCUCAAAGGCAAGGGAAAUUUGUGAAAGUUUCCAUUCCUUUGUGUGAGAGAGAAACAGUAUGAACUAGGCAUCCACAUAACUGAGCACUUUGUGCAUCUUUAUUUGUGUUGCUCUACGCAUGAUGGGGGACUACUCUUCUCCAGAAUGGGGAAGAGCAGCAGCUUCCACUGCUGUGAAGGAACAUGAUGGAAACCAGUUUACAGUGUGAUUUGACUUUUGACUUGUUUGCUGUUAAUUAUAAAUGUGGUGCGGUAUUGUAAAUGGUCAGCCCACCCAUAUCUUGUAGCCUUAGAGAAGGCCACUAGUUUAACAAGGACUAAGUUUUGCAGUCAUUAGACUCCUGGAUCAAUAGGCCAAAGGGAUUCCCCCUCCCCAACACAGCGUUGAUAUUCAGAACUAUUUAUAUCUUCCCUGGGAUAGCCUGCCCCUCUCCCUACUUCACAACAGAAAAUGUUUUUCUGAGUUUUAGAUGUUAGCCCCAGUUCAAAAGCAGGCCUUUGAUGUGGUUGAAACUAAAUCCAGAAACAAAUAUUUCCCCCUUUUUUGUUCGUCAGGUUUCCCCCCCUCUUUUGGGGGGGGGGGUUGGUCCUUUUUAUAUAUCUCCUUUUUUUAAAAAGAAUAAAAUAAAAUAAAUAACUGCAAGGUUGAAGGACCAGCAUUGGCUGGUACAAUUGGGAGGUGAAGGAGUAAGUGCAGAAUCCUAUUGGAGGUGGCAUGGGGUUGGGGUGGGGUGUAGUGACUUCAAAGCUGUUGUGGGGCUGGGGGAGCAGAGCUGGACAGUAAUAGGUCACUGACGGACAAAUCGGAAAAACUCAAGUCAAAUUUAACUUGAUCUAGCAUGUUCAUCUUCAGGAGACUCUAGGAAAAGUAGAUGAAAAGUAUCUUCAUGGUUCAUUGCAAGAGAAGAAUUUCUCCUUCUAAGGCAAGCAAAAAACAAAAACAAGCUUAAUUAUUAAAGUGAGACUGUUAAUUUUCAACACAGUUAGUUCUGGAAGCUUUGCCAACACACUAAUUCUGCAUCACAGAAGCUACCAGAACCACCUGGAACCCACUGGAUUCCUGUAAGUUCAAUGGUGGACAGAGCUGCUGUGGUCAUCCAGAUGUUAUUGGACUAAACUCCCACCAUCCCUGAGCAUUGGCCAUGCUGGACCAAUGGACAUCUCAAAUUUGUGUUUUCAGGAUCAACACUGUUAUUUUGACUGUAGCCUGUUUUAACUGUUUUUAAUCUAAAUAUUAAACUGUUGUAAUCGGCCCUGGGGCAUGCCGAUGAAGAGCAGCUAAUAAAUUUAAUAAUGACAAAUGACAAUAGGAUUUGGAGCUCAACAUCUGGGAGACCAUAGUUUUGCCACCACUGAUGCAGAACUUCUGGAUUUCAAAACAGGCUCUGGAAGGUGUGGGGGGAUCCAACCUUCAAGUUAGAACUAUAGAAUAAGAUAAUUAGUAUUGGGUACUUUAGGCAGAGAAAAGAGCAGAGCCUUUAAAAGCAAGUCCUACAAUAAUUUGUUUUAAAGUGGCAAUUCCAAUUCAGUGGCAUUGCCCAAACCCAGAAAUUCUGGAAAUGGAUCAGUGAGUAAGAUUCAUGAAAUACCAGGGAUCUGGGAGGUUGUAGCACUACUUCCCGUGCCUUUGAAAGAACUUGGAACAGGACAGGAAAUUGCCAUUUGCUGAUGGAAGCAAAGUGAUUGAUUAAAAACACUGGGAAGUGAAAGAUCUACCAUUAAUUAAAAUAUGGAGAAAUAAAUGUUAGGAUGAUUUCAGCUGUCCACAGUAGACUUAUUGGAUAAAGAGGAAGGAUGAUAAAGUACACAGGAUUCCUCAGUAAGUUUUUCAGUAUUGGAGCAGACACACUGGAAAUAUUAAUUACAGCUUUGUCAAUGAGACAACUGCACAAAUUGAUGAACUGGGCACCAGGCAAGAACAUUUUUUAAAUUUUCCCAGGCCUUCUAACUUAUGUUGUAGCUUCAUAUUGCUUUAGCCCUGUGACAUUUAAAUUUCUCUGCCUUUUAGUUUUAAUGCAUUAAGGCUGCCUUUCUGUGUGCAUUUAUCCGGGAAUAAGCUACACUGAACACAGUGUGAUUUACUUCUGAAUAAAUAUGUAUGGGAUUGUGUUGUUAGUGCUGCAAAAUCUUUCCCCCUUUACUCUGUUUCAAAGUCAUUUUUUUAUAGUGAUGCUGUAUAAUCAGUAACCUUGUCUCACCUGCAUUUUAUUAGCUUAUUGUAAGUUUGUUUUUGUUUUUUAAAUCCCUGUAAGCUAUUCAAAUUCGGUUUUUGGGAUUGCCUGUAAGUUGUACGUACGUAUGUAUGAAAAUAAAUUGUGUCAAUUAUAUGACACAGGCUCAUUCUCAGCCUGAUUUUGGUGCCCUUACAGGACUGGUCGCCCAGUAAGAUGCAUGCUGGAUCGAGAUGAAGAUAUGCUGAUUUCUGGUGGAAGACAUCCCUUUUUGGGACAGUAUAAGGUAAAUUGAAAUGUUGGUUGUUGUUGUUUUAAGAGAAGUAUGCCAUCUUGGGAAGGUCACAUUAAAAAAUGUAAGGGGAUCUUUAGGUACAAUGCAUUGUUCAUUCCUACACAACAGGGAUGGCCAACCUUUUUUCAGCUGACGGCCACAGUCACCCAUUGCCAACCCUGUGGGGGCUGCAUGUCAAAGAUGGGUGUGGCCAAAGUGGUUGAUUUGGAGUAUAGAGCAUUGGGAGAUAUAUGGACCACCAGUAUUAGCAGUACAGUCAUACCUUGGAUCUCAAAUGUCUUGGCUCCCGAACGAUCGAAACCCAGAAGUGAGUGUUCCAGUUUUUGAAUGUUCUUUUGGAAGCCGGACUUCUGAUGGGGCUUCUGCAGCUUCUGAUUGGCUGCAGGAGCUUCCUGCAGCCAAUCAGAAGCCACGCUUUGGUUUCUGAACUUUUUGGUAGUCGAAUGGAUUCUGUUUGGCUUCCAAGGUACGCCUGUAUGUGGAAUGCUACAGAUAGGGAGAAGAACACCACUAAACAGGACUGCUGGAAUCUACCAAUAGCUAUCUUUUACACUUUGGGUUUAUGGAGCAUGAGGUAUAAGACUGUAGCUCAGUGGCAGAGCACAUGUUUUGCAUGCAUCAAAAAAAUCCUGCAUCAAUAAAUCCUGAAGAGCCACUGCCACUCAGUGUAGACAGUAGUGAGCUAGAUGGACCAAAGGGUCUGACAGCUUCCUAGAUUUGUUUCUUCCUAAAACAUCUGUGAAGACAGGAGUGCCUGGCGUGCUCUGGUCCAUGGGGUCACGAAGAGUUGGACAUGAAUACACGACUAAACAACAACAACAAAACAUCUGUAAUUGUAACAGGUGAAUUCUGUAUUCCUCUGUUCUUUGUUUCUUCCAGGUUGGCUUUAAGAAGAAUGGAAGGAUUACUAGUCUAGAUGUGACAUAUUACAGCAAUGGAGGGAAUUCUGUUGAUCUUUCUCAUGGCGUGAGUCAAGGAUACAUUCUGCUGUUUUUCAUUUCUGACUCUAAGAGGGAGAAAAAGUAGUUUGGGGUGACUGGUUGAGAAGCAUACCCAAGCCUCUGUAUGUGUACACACACACACACUGCACCUACCUCCUUCAGUCAAAAUGGUCCCAUCCUGAAAUUGUGUUUCAUUAAACAAAGAUCAGUUGUCCCCAAGCCUUCUCUAAUGGGGACAGUUUUAAUGUUUGAUGCAACAUCUUGACUACUACUUAACCUGCAAUUUCAGUUAGUGAUUUAAAUAGAAAGAUGACAGUAUUGUUGUAAAAAUUUAGUGCUGCCAAUAGUUAUUUAUUUAUUGUGUCUAUACUCCAUCUUUGCCUCCAAGGGGCUAAUAGGUCUACCUAUUCUUUAAUUAGUUGCCACAACCACCCUGUGUGAUAGGCUAGGCUGAGAGGCAGUGACUGACUCAAGGUCACCCACUGAGCUUCAUGGCCAAGUGGAGAUUUGAAACCUCAUCUCCCAGGUUCUAGUCUAAUCACUGCACUACGCAAUAUAUGAGGACGAGCAUACAUUUGCUCCAGUUGGUGUGUUUGUGAAAAAAACAUGUAAAUGAUUACUUGUCAGUUAGUGCAACUUAUGACUGUAGAGUCAGAAGAACAAAAGCAUGGUUCGUAAAUUAAGUCUUUUUUUUAAAGUUCAUAAGUCUAUUUUUGAUCUGCUUUUUAUUGUUGGUCACCAGGUUAUGGACAGAGCAUUGUUUCACAUGGACAACUCGUACAACAUUCCAAACAUCAGAGGCAUAGGCAAAGUCUGCAGAACCAACUUGUCCUCCAACACAGCAUUCCGUGGGUUUGGGGGUCCCCAGGGAAUGAUGGUUACUGAGUGCUGGAUAAGCGACAUUGCCAUGAAGUGUGGGCUGCCAGCAGAAGAGGUACGUGCAGGGCUGGAUUUAGGUUUGAUGAGGCCCUAAGCUACUGAAGGUAAUGGGGCCCUUUAUAUGUCCAGCUGUCCUUUGUCAACAACAAAUUGUCACUGUUUUUUGUGUUGAAUAUAUGCUAUAUGGUAAUUUAUGGACCUAACAGGUAUCUAAAGCCAUUUGCACGUGUUGCCAUGUAACCAGUGCAUGUAGGCACCCUAUAUAUAGAAAUGAGCAAACCAGUGAUAUUUUAGGGAGCUGGCUAGCCCAUUACUUAGCAUAGGAGCCUAUACAACACAAAACACUUUUGCUAUAUGUAGGUUUUGUUUUAUUUGUUUUAUAUCAUAUAUUUUGGAAACGUACAUCCAGGGUUUUUCCCCCUUUAAUUUUUUGGGGGGCCUCCAAGAGAGUGGGGCCCUAAGCUAUAGCUUAUUUAGCUUAUACUGUACGUAAAUGAGGCACUGGAUAUGUGCUCUUAGAGGAAAAGGCUAGACAUUUCCAUAAACCCUGCAUGCUUCAGUCAAAGGAUGUUAAAGAAAUGAGAUGUCACCAGUUCGGUACCCGUGAGCUCUUUUUGCAGCUUUACAUUGGUUAAUGUAAUCUCAGUAUUGACACUGAUUGUUAGAGUCCUUUAUGGGUUGGAUAUCAAAAUGAUAUUACAUAUCAAGGAUGUUGUGUGUCAUUCCUUUAUACUCCAGUGGGAAGUGGUCGUUGGCCUCCUUCAGCGCAACACUUCACCCAGCCGGAAGAGUGAAAGAGAGAAAGAGAACGAAUGGGCGAAGCAGAGAGAGGAUGAGUGUCUGUGUGCUUCUGCUUUUUAUGAAUGGAUGCAUGUGUAUGUUUGUGCGGAUGGAUGUGUGUGUUUGUGAGAUGAAGUGUGUGUGUGGGAUGUCCUCUGUCUACUUUUUGGUUUGGCUGUACUGACCACCAUUGCUGCGUAGUCCCCUUCUCUGAAGGGAAUGCAACCCUUGACCCUGAAAUGGCUGCCCACUACAGAAUUUUGGGGGAGCUGACCUCCAUGUUUAAGAAGGCGUGUUUAGGAUCAAGAUGCCCAGCAUUCCACAUUCUGUUAAAGUCAUUCUUCCAAAAGACUCGUUGGUGACCAUGGCCAUGUGGGUUUUGCUUUGGAAAGGUUCGAAAACUCAAUCUCUAUAAUGAAGGAGACCUGACUCACUUCAAUCAAAAGCUAGAAGGAUUCACCUUGCGAAGAUGUUGGGAUGAGUGCCUUGCAAAUUCGGACUAUCACUCCAGAAGGAAACUUAUUGAUGAGUUUAACCGGUAAGUAUCUUGCUUUUCAGAGUGAUAUCAGGUAUACUAAAAUAUUCUAUAAAGGCCUUAUUAGUAAGCCUGGAAUUAAAGUCCGAAUCAAAUUUCUCCCCCAUCCAUACAAAUCAUCUCUGCAGAAGGUGUAAUCUUUUGGGGAAAACAUUAACCCAUUGUGUUUUAAAAGAGAAGCUCAAAAUCAAUGAAAAGUGCAUGUUGAUUUGUUGAUUUCAAUUCGCUCCCUGGACCCAUUCCGAUGAAGUCUUGUUCUGAUGCAAAAUUGUGUAGGAAAAGAGAGCAUGCCAGAGAAAGCAGUUUAGGCAUGGGUGCAAGGGAACAAGAGUCUGACAUCGUUCUGUUUCCCCAGGAAGAAUCGCUGGAAGAAGAGGGGCAUGGCCAUUAUUCCAACCAAGUUUGGGAUCAGCUUCACAGUUCCCUUCCUGAAUCAGGUAGGCAAGCACCCUUAACUAUUACAGCUGGGCAGCAAGGUUCUGUGGCAAAAUGCUUCUGUCCAUCUUCAAGAUUCUCCAGUAAUGGGAAUGGUAGAAGCGAUACAUCCAAGGCACAUUUUAGUUCCAGCCUUGGUUAUGUUGUAUGUCAUCCACCAGUCCGCCUUCAUUCUUGUGCAUUCUUUGUGACUCUUGUUUUGCUAAUGUUGUUUGGGGGGGGGGGAUACCAGCCCCCACCCUAGUCAGUGAAUGCAUGGGCUGAAGAGGAAUCAGGAAAUGAAGCAGUGCUUUCUUAAGUAUUGAAUCAAUCGAAAGUUAAUUUUUAGGCUUAUUGGAUCAUUUCUAUCUUCUCUCUCUCUCUCUCUCUCUCUCUCUCUCACACACACACACACACACACACACUUCUAUCCAAAGUAGCAUUCAAUCUCUUGUUCUAAUAGAGCAAGGAUUUACCCUUGCACAGUGGAACUCCCCCCCCCCCGCAAAAAAAAAUCUGUUCUGGGGUUUCUUGCAACCUUCCAGAGCAGAAUUGACGAGGGCACAAUGCAUGCACAGAGAGAGGAGAAUCGGGAGCAGUACAGUAGCAUAAAUGUAAAUCCUUGCGCUAAUGGAACAAAGGCCUUGGAUACUGCCUGAAGUGAGGAAUGUUGAUUUGUAUGUAGACGAUGUGCUUCAGGGAGCUCGUGUGUCAAAACAGUCUUUGACAGCCUCUCUCUCGGGUUUCUGUUGUAGGCUGGUGCCCUGGUACAUGUGUACACGGAUGGGUCAGUGCUGCUCACGCAUGGAGGGACUGAGAUGGGCCAGGGCCUCCAUACCAAGAUGAUCCAGGUAAACUGUGAAUGCAUUAAUUGUCUGGUGCUGUUUUGAUUAACAUUAUCCAUUAAGCAGCCCUGUUUAGGGAAGUUUUUAAUGUUUGAUGUUUUAUUCUAUUUUUAAUCUAUUGGGAGCUGCCCAGAGUGGCUAGGGAAACCCAGCUGGAUGGGCGGGGUAUAAAUAAAUUAUUAUUAUUAUCCAUUAAAUGUAUUAAAAAUGUACUGCAGCAUUCAUUUUCAGAAUGUUAUCUUACAGAUGCUGCAAUUUCCCCCCACAUCCAUUCUAAUUUAAAUGUGGAUAUGUAGGGUGAAAUCCAAAGAAUGGGUUCUUGUGGGAGGAAUUUAAUAAUAAAUAAACUUUUACUCAGAGCAGUCAUGGCCAUUAAUGUCUACCCUGAGUAAGAGUUGAUCAACUACAACCCAUACUUUCUCACAAUGUAUGGAGGAUGUGUAGCAGGAUUACAAAGCAGCAUUCUUUAGAAGCUUAGCAACUUUCCUGUGUGUUUUGAUUUUACUUGCAAAUAUAAAUUAAGACGGAUCAGAAAAAUAUCCCACAGUUGCAUAACAGGACAGAAUACAGGACUAUUCAAAAGUCUUUGGAGCUUUGUGGACUUGGAAUAAGAAGAACUGUUUCAAGUCCUAUGGAUUUCAUUGGUGGCGAUGACAACUGCGGUGAAGUUCACUUUUGGGCAUUGUCUCUCUGCAGGUUGCCAGCAGGACUCUUGGAAUUCCCACCUCCAAGAUCUACAUCAGUGAGACAAGCACCAACACAGUGCCAAAUGCAUCUCCAACAGCUGCUUCUGUUAGUGCUGAUAUCAAUGGGAUGGCUGUCUUGGUAAGGGAUAGAACUCAACACACUGCUCUACAAGGGAUGCUACCGAUUCUGUCUGCAGUGCACUUCAUUUGCACCCCAGAAAGAAUCUGUCUCGUUGCCUCUAUGAAGAUAUGCCUUGUGGGAGGCUUCUAGCAGACUUUGCUUUCGGAGGAAAGCACACUAUCAGCAUGUGUGCUGCUUAAAAGUGCCCAGUGUGGUGACUUUAACAGUAAAGGAGCCAAUGAUGUGUAUUCUCUGGUGAUGUGGCGAAUGUUAGGUUGCUUCCAAAUUGAACAAUGGUAUUAACUUAGGAAAUAUGUUAAUGCUACAUUGGAAGCUAUCAUCUACUGUGUCAAACCACUGGUCCUUCUAGCUCAGUGUUGUUGACAUUGAUGAGCAACAGCUCUUUGGGACUUCAGGCGAUAAUUGGUCCCAGCCAUCUCUGGGGAUGCUGUGGAUUGAACCUUGGACCUUGCCCAUUUCUAGCCAGAGCCUUCCGUUAAAAGCAUAGUUAGUCAAAAGAGUACAAGACAUUCUGUGAUAUGUGGACACCUGUUGCCACAUCUAGAUUGAUGAAAGUGAGAAUGUUUAGUCAUUUAGUCGUGUCUACGUGACCCCAUGGACCAGAGCACGCCAGGCCCUCCUGUCUUCCACUGCCUCCCGCAGUUUGGUCAGACUCAUGUUUGUAGCUUCAAGAACACUGUCCAACCAUCUCGUCCUCUGUCGUCCCCUUCUCCUUGUGCCUUCCAUCUUUCCCAACAUCAGGGUCUUUUCCAGGGAGUCUUCUCUUCUCAUGAGGUGGCCAAAGUAUUGGAGCCUCAGCUACACGAUCUGUCCUUCCAGUGAGCACUCAGGGCUGAUUUCCUUAAGAAUGGAUACGUCUGAUCUUCUUGCAGUCCAUGGGACUCUCAAGAGUCUCCUCCAGCACCAUUAUUCAAAAGCAUCAAUUCUUCGGCAAUCAGCCUUCUUUAUGGGAAAGUGAGAAUACCUGGUGGCAAUUUGCUGUAAUAUCAAAAGAUGCAUUCUGUUUGCUUUGAAUUAUUUUUCUUGCUUUCUUUUAGAAUGCUUGCCAGACCAUCCUGAAGAGAUUGGAGCCAAUCAAACUUGCUAAGCCAAAAGGUUCAUGGGAAGACUGGGUAUGUUUGUGUCUGCCGCAGUUUGGAAGCAUGGUGUGGAUUUGCUAGCAUUAGGAAAAUCUCAAUUAUCUAUUAAUUCAUUGUGGCGUGACAGGGGCUAAAGGAGCUAGCAGGGAACUGGCUGAUAUUCUUGCAACUCUUCCAGCAGUUCUGUAAGCCCCAAACAAGUAUGACUUCAACAAGAGAAACUUUGGAUUCCAUAUACCCAAGGUGGUGAUGCAAUUGAUACACCUCUGAAUUGUGAUGGUUUGUGAAUCUUAAGCAGCUUCCCCUCCUUGCUGCUUCCUUUAGCUUGGUCCCUGUCCCACUUUAUCUCACCAUCUUAUGCCAUCAUCAAAGGGCUGUUACUGGCACUCUGUUCUGCAGUGACCUCUGCUAUAGGAUGGGGUGUUUUCUUUACACACACACACACCAGAAAACAGUCCGUCCAUAUGAGUUGGUGAGCAUAAUUUUGACACCAUCAGUUCUUGUGAUCUAUUUUAUUUGGGGCUUUAGUUUUUCUGUUAUGAAUUGUAUUUAAUGUUUUGUGAUACAUGUAAAUCCCUCCAUGAACUUGAGUGGCAUUCCUGAUGUUGAUUUAUAUGACGAUGAUAACAGAUGAUGUUGAUGAUGGACUAGGCUUCCGAAGGUUGCCCUUAGAUUUUUUUUCUUUGUGAUUUGAUGAAUGAAGAUAUCUCUCAAGAGUGGGAUCUGUUUAACAGCUCCGUUUGUGCACUAUUUCACAAAGUUGGGCCUGAUGGGUCUAGAGGUGUCAAAUGUAAGGCUUGUUGAUAAUGGUGCUCCCCUUUUUGCACACGGAUAGAGUGCACUCAUUUGUAUUUUGUUGAAAACACACACCCAUUGCUAGCUUUUCCAGAAUACAUUGUGGCUACUGUAUUUUUUGCCCUAUAGGGCGCACCGGCCCAUAGGACGCACCUUGUUUUUUUGGGGGGGAAAUUAAUUUAAAAAAAUUAUUCCCCCCCCCAGCCGCGGGGCUGGGGCAGGGGAAGCCCGAGCUUCCCCUGACCCCAGCCCCCAGAACAGGCUGCUAUCCGCAAGCCUUGCGAGCCUGGCGGCAACUCCCGCUGGGCUCGCAAGGCUUGCGGACACCUGCGCGAAGAACGGGGCGCCCUCCAGAGGGCGCCCCAUGCUUUGGGCUGCAGGCUGCUGCCCUCAAGCCUUGCGAGCCCGUGGGAACUCCCCCUGGGCUCGCAAGGCUUGCGGAUAGCUUCCUGAAGUCUGUAGAGCGAGAGGGGGGCGUGCGCACUGACCCCUCUCGCUCUCCAGGCUUCAGCGAAAGCCUGCAUUCGCCCCAUAGGACGCACACACAUUUCCCCUUCAUUUUUGGAGGGGAAAAAGUGCGUCCUAUAGGGUGAAAAAUACGGUAUUUUAGUUCAGCAGAACUAAUUUUUUUAAAAAAACCCAGACACAAAGAACUCUGUGUGUUUUCAUUAGGUGUCAGCAGCCUACUGUGAUUGUGUGAGUUUGUCGGCUACAGGAUUUUACAGGUGAGUUGGAACAGGACCCAAGUGGGAUUCCAAAUAAUACUUCUACUGGUCUGAUAUUUCAACUAAUUUCAUGAAGUGUGCAUAUAAUAAGAAGAUAUGAUCUAGUAAUCUCUUUGAAGGCUGUAUUCUAUAAACUUUAUGUGCCGGCUAACUUUUCCUUGGCACUAAAGUCAUCUGCAGUCUCUACUUGACCCAUGGCAUACAAAUGUAAAAACAGUUCCCAUUCAUUCAAAUCAUACCUUAAAGUGUUAAGGCUCCAAAGUAGAACCAACCCUUUAAUAUUCCCAUUCUGUAAAUACAGAAUUCAGAACUAUGCAUCUCCUACAAGCUUCAGAAGACCUUAGAUAAGGUGUGGAAAAAGUGACACCCUCCAGACAUUCAAACUCCAAUUCCCAUCAGCCCCAGUCAAAAUGGGCAAGGGUUGGGGUGAUGGGAAUAGGAGUCAACAACAUCUGGACAGGAACAACAUUGGCUACCCCUUGCCUUGGAUCUCUAACUAUCUACUAACUUAGAUUUCAGUUUACUUUAUUUAAAGUGCCGUUUUGGUGCAGAAACUCAGGCUCCACAAGAGCUUUCAAGCUCACUUGCCAAUUCUUUAUGUGCAACAUCAUUUGCAAUGCCCUAAUUUCUGCAGGUGGCGCUGUGGGUUAAACCACAGAGCCUAGGACUUGCUGAUUAGAAGGUCGGCAGUUCGAAUCCCCGCAACGGGGUGAGCUCCUGUUGCUCGGUCCCAGCUCCUGCCAACCUAGCAGUUCGAAAGCACAUCAAGUGCAAGUAGAUAAAUAGGUACCGCUCCGGCGGGAAGGUAAACGGCGUUUCCGUGCGCUGCUCUGGUUUGCCAGAAGUGGCUUAGUCAUGCUGGCCACAUGACCCAGAAGCUGUACGCUGGCUCCCGCGGCCAGUAAAGUAAGAUGAGCGCCACAACCCCAGAGUCGGCCACAACUGGACCUAAUGGUUAGGGGUCCCUUUACCUUUACCUUACUUUCUGCAGUAGUUUUGGGAAUCAAACAGGCAACCAAUUUAAGCUUAUAGAGCUGAGUGAAAAUGAUCUCCUCAAAUUAUCCACACUCUCUGUGGGUGGUAAAAACGGAGGAGGGCAUUUUACUGAAGACUGAACUUCUCUAAUAGUUUUAGGUGGAGCUGGAAAAAGAGGGGAAACAUUUAAAAUUUGCAAUAAAUUAAUUUUUGAAAUGUUUUGUAUUGCUUAAUAUUGAAAGGAAACUCGAUUUUUUGUUCAUGCUUGUGAAUAAAGGAAGUGAUGGACUAAGAUGGGAUGACUGGAAGGAGUAGAGAUCCCAUCCAUUGCUUUCUUCAGCAUUAUUAAACAGUAUUAAAAUUGGAUCUACCAUUGUAUCCAGAACUGGAGCGGGUGCCAAAGGGAUGUGGCCUGGGGAGAGGCCCAGGGGCCAGGCAGAGAAAGCUGGAGGGCUGCAUUUGGCCCUCUGAGGUUCCCCAUCCAUGGCUUAUCAUCAGUGUCCUGGCUUGUUCCAUAAUAAUGUAGUAGGCCCAAUGUUGUAACUCCUUGGAGUUACAUGAGUGAAGAGGAAGAAGCCUAGUUCUAGAGGUAUAUGGACAAGAUGUUGGAGAGCAACUAAAAAUCUGGUAUGGUUGAAAGAUAAAAAGGGAGAGGUGGGGAUCUGGCCUGGCAUACUUCACAGAGCAAUCAAAGGCAUGCAGAUCUCAAACCUUUGGCUAAUCAUGAUUACUGGCCUGAUCCUCAAAACUCCCCGAAUUCUUGUUGAGUCCAGUAACUUGCAUUUUUGCCCACUAGGAAGUGAUUCAGUGGAGUAAGAAAAAGACCUUUAUUUCAGUCAAGUGAUGAGUAAAAUUCCUGCAGAUUUCAUUUUUUCCUUCUUUCUUGCCACCCUUAAGAAUUCCAGACCUUGGGUAUGACUAUGAGAAAAAUGAAGGAAAGCCCUUUUGCUACUUCUCUUAUGGCGUGGCUUGUUCUGAGGUUGAGAUUGACUGUCUGACAGGUGACCAUAAGGUAAGUAAGCUAGGCAGAUUUGUCAAAAGUAUUUCUUUUUCUGGUGGACUGGGAAAGUACCUACUAACCUGAGUAUAUUUGAUAAGGAAGUUUAUUUCCAGCUCUGGUAUUCGUUGAGUGAAAUACCUGACUUCUCUGUGUAUAUCACGGAUGGGCCACCUGUGGCCAGCCAGAGGCAGUUGAUGAUGGGAGGUAUAGUCUGAACUUCUGGAGGAAACGCAUAUAAUUGGGCAAUUAUAUACUUCAUAGUGAUUAUGUUCUGAGAAUGGUUUCCACACAAGCCACUAGCUAUGAAGACUUAUACCCAAGUUGCAAAGGCUCCAGAUAUUUGACUUCCAACCAAGAGCCAAGACCUUUUUGCUGAAGUACUCUUCACGUCUAUUUCCCCAUGAUCUUUGCAAUAAUCGUGUAACUUAGGCCACCUCUCUUAGCUCAGGCUAGGCUAUUAAAUGGCUGCUUCUCCCAGACAACAUGGCACAUUCAUGGCUGAGCUGAGAGUUCAUCUCUUCCAAGUCGGAGUUCAGGCUCAGAGCUACUAUGUGACAAUUCAGGUUCAAGUGAGACUUGGGAAAAGGCACAUCUCAGUGGUAGAGCAUCUGCUCUGCCUGGAGCAGGUACUGUACUGAAUCCUUAGCUUCUCCAGGUAGAGCUGACAAAAAGCUCCUACCUGAAAAGCUGGAGAACAGAUUAAACAGUACUGAACUAGAUGGGCCAGUGGCCUGACUCUAAGGUAGCCUAUUGAUGUUCAUAUGUCCCCCUUUUAAUUCAUUGCAUAAAGUGAGUCCUGUACUUACUCAGCCUUUGCUUUUGCCGAUAUUUAGAAUGUCCGCACAGACAUCGUGAUGGAUGUUGGCACCAGCUUGAACCCGGCUAUAGAUAUAGGGCAGGUAAGCAAUACAACACGAUCCUGUUCUGUGGCGCUGUAGCAUGUCUGCAUGCUAGCUGGAUUAUUAAAUUGGUCAAUGAGCAGCAACAGGCCUGAUAAACAGCAGCAUGAACUGUUGUGGCAGGAGAGAUGGUUAAUUGCUAAUUUAUUAUUAGCUUGUUUUUGCUCAUCAAGUUUUUGGCAAAUGAUUCAUUUCUGCACAAUGAAACAGGGGAAAAAUUAGAUCUAGUGUUCAUUGCACUGUUCCCAAGCUUUUGUUUUGCAUUCUCCAAGUCAGUUACUCUAGAGUAAUUCUAUUUACUUCAGUGGCCCUAUUGCAGCAAGUAGUCAAAGGAGUCUUGUUUUGGAGAGGCAAAACCUCAUAUUUUCGGGUUCAUUUUUCAUUUUAACCUGCAGACCACCCAAACUCUUAAAACUAGAUGUACUAGCCUAAACUUGAGGCUUCCUGUACCAGCAACUAAAUACUGAAAUUGGGCAGAUACAGAUAAAUUUGUUUAUGAAUCAUGACUCAUGAUGACCAUAUGCCACAAGGUCAUUCUGCUAUUAUCCCAUAAAUAUUUGGACUACCAAUAUUUAUUACUAAUACCAGCAGUGGCAGCACUCCUGCCACUCCUGCAUGAUGUUCAUUUAGCAUCAAACAUGUCCUAGCCAAUGAGAAAAAUUAACUGAAAAGUUCCACAUGGCAAUGGGAUGGAAACUUCCUUACUCAGAGUAGACUAGUUGAAAUUAAUGAGCAUGACUGAGUUAGGUCCAUUUAUUUCAAUGGGUCUUCUCUGAGUAAAAUUUAGUUGAAUACCACCCCAGGAGUGCUCUCUACCAGCUUUGGUUGGAGUGGGAUGGUUUUGCUGUGGUGAUUUGGUCAUGUCCAAACAAGACUACUGUAAUGUGCUCUGUUUGGGGCUGACUUUAGAGGCUGACUUUUUAUUUUGUGUCUGAUUUGAUUUUUGUGUCUUUACAUUUACAGAUAGAAGGAGCCUUUGUCCAAGGAGUUGGGCUUUUUACCCUGGAGGAGCUGCGUUAUUCCCCAGAAGGCAACCUGUACACCCGCGGGCCUGGAAUGUACAAAAUCCCUGCAUUCGGUGACAUCCCAACAGAGUUUCAUGUGUCUCUUCUCCGGGACUGUCCAAACAGCAAAGCCAUCUAUUCAUCCAAGGUACAGUAUCAUCUGGAGCUGCAGCUUUUCCACAGACAUUGCACAUUUUGACACAAAAUAAACAGCAGUGAUGGAAUGAGGAAUGCUAUUUUGCCUUAUAUUUCUUAGAGCCACUGGCAGAGCCACUGGCAGUCAGUGUAGGCCAUGGACCAAUGGUGUGAGGUGGUCUAAGGCAGCUUACUAUGUUCCCAGUACAGUGGUACCUCAGGUUGCGAACACCUUGGGUUACAAACACCUUGGGUUACAGACUCUACUAACCCGGACGUAGUACCUCAGGUUAAGAACUUUACCUCAGGAUGAGAACAGAAAUCGUGUGGCGGCAGCGCGAGGCCCCAUUAGCUAAAGUAGUACCUCAGGUUAAGAACGGUUUCAGAUUAAGAACGGCCCUCCGGAACGAAUGAAGUUCGUAACCAGAGGUACUGGCCAUGGGUACUGCAUACUGUGAGCUGUGAAUUAGUAGUGGCUGGAGCAAUGCUUGAUGCUCUUCAAUCUCUCUAGGCUGUUGGUGAACCUCCCUUGUUCCUGUCAGCCUCCGUGUUUUAUGCCAUCAAAGAUGCCAUCGUCUCUGCCAGGGAAGAAUCGGGACUGAAGGAGCCAUUCCGACUAGACAGCCCAGCCACCCCAGAGAGAAUACGCAAUGGUUGUGUGGAUAACUUCACCAAACUGGUAGGUUAACUGGCCUCCUUUCUCACGAUUUCAUCUUCUGUAAUGCAAUUCAGUAAUCAUUCCUUGGUUGUCUGCAGCUUUCAUUUCAGUGGGUUCCCCUAUCACGAAUUAACGAAUACUUCACAUUUGUAUGGCAUCUUCAAGUGUGCCAUACAAACACGUUGCCUAUCAUCAUCAUCAUCAUCAUCAUCAUCAUCAUUAUUAAUAAUUUUUUAUUUAUACCCUGCCCAUCUGGCUGGGUUUCCCCAGCCAUUCUGGGUGGCUUCCAACAAAAUACUAAAAAUACAAUAAAACAUGAAACAUUAAAAACUUCCCUAAACAGGACUGCCUUCAGAUGUCUUCUAAAAGUCAGAAAUAAUAAUAAUUAUUAUUAUUGCAUUCCUUAUAACAACCCUGUGAGGUAAGUCAAUAUUAUUAUUAGGAACAGGGGACAAAUUUGAUUCAGUUGGCAUUUAAAGGCAAACUUACUUAAUUUACAGUUUUCGAAGCGAUGGGUGAACAGAUAUGUAGCCAUCCGUUGAAUGCCUCCCAACUCGCACUUUGCCAAAUUUUGCAGAGAAGUUCUGCAGCCAAACAAUGUGUACAAAAAUUCAUGUGGGACUGAACCAGAUAUGCCUACAUCCUUAUCAUGUAGUCAGUGCUUCUAUAAUAAUAAUAAUAAUAAUUUAUUAUUUAUACCCCGCCCAUCUGGCUGGGCCUCCCCAGCCACUCUGGGCGGCUUCCAUAAAAACCAAAAAUACACUAAAAUAUCACACGUUAAAAACUUCCUUUAAGAUGUCUUCUGAAUGUCAGGUGGUUGUUUAUCGCUUUGACAUCUGCUGGAAGGGCGUUCCACAGGGCGGGCGCCACUACAGAGAAGGCCCUCUGCCUGGUUCCCUGUAGCUUUGCUUCUCGCAAUGAGGGAACCGCCAGAAGGCCCUCAGCGCUGGACCUCAGUGUCCGGGCAGAACGAUGGGGGUGGAGACGCUCCUUCAGGUAUACUGGACCGAGGCUGUUUAGGGCUUUAAAGGUCAGCACCAACACUUUGAAUUGUGCUCGGAAAUGUACUGGGAGCCAAUGCAGGUCUUUCAAGACCGGUGUUAUAUGGUCUCGGCGGCCGCCCCCAGUCACCAGUCUAGCUGCCGCAUUCUGGAUUAGUUGUAGUUUCCGAGUCACCUUCAAAGGUAGCCCCACGUAGAGCGCAUUGCAGUAGUCCAAGCGGGAGAUAACCAGAGCAUGCACCACUCUGGCGAGACAGUCUGCAGGCAGAUAGGGUCUCAGCCUACGUACCAGAUGGAGCUGGUAAACAGCUGCCCUGGACACAGAUUUGACCUGUGUCUCUAUGGACAGCUGUGAGUCCAAAAUGACUCCCAGGCUGCGCACCUGGUCCUUCAGGGGCACAGUUACCCCAUUCAGGACCAGGGAAUCCUCCACACCUGCCCGCCUCCUGUCCCCCAAAAACAGUACUUCUGUCUUGUCAGGAUUCAACCUCAAUCUGUUAGCCGCCAUCCAUCCUCCAACCGCCUCCAGACACUCACACAGGACCUUCACCGCCUUCACUGGUUCUGAUUUAAAAGAGAGGUAGAGCCUCUAGAAAAAGAGAUGCUGGAACUCACUAUGAACGCCUUCCUUGUUCUCUUAGAAUGGCAAUGGUGCCCACCUGAGAGGUGCCAGAACUGAGUUCUGGUGAGUUCUGGCUGAAAAAGUGCUCUGCAUGUAGUAAAUGCCAGUCAGCCAAAUUCAGUGCUCAGCUUGGCAAUCUUGUUCUGUUGGCUACCCCUGAUUUACACCAUGUGGCUGUCCUCCAGCUGUUGUUGGAUACACACCUCUCGUCAGUCCCAGUGUGGUGAAUGGACAGGGAUUAUGGGAGUUGUAGUCCAUCAGCCCCUGGUAUAGAAGAUAAGUAAAUCUGAAGAUGGUUACAUUCUGUAGUUGCCCAUCAAAGGCCAUGCCAACUUUGGGACAUGGUCUAGACAUUUCAGAUGAAGGCAGCUGUUUAUCAUCCUUCUCUUUCAAUUAUUUCAUUCUUUUUUUUAUCCAGUGUCCAUCUGCUGAGCCGGGCACCUUUAAGCCCUGGUCUGUGAGAGUAUGAAUGAAGUAACCUCUAGGAACCAUCUCCACACAUCAAGCUGGUUUCACCUCAGGGGACCAAAAGGAAGCAAUGACUCACUGCUGAAAACAGAUCUGUGUUCCUGCACCUGCCCUGCAGAUUCAUGAAGCUUUAUAAUUUAAUAGCUGAAUCGUCCAUUGCCUAAGGAAAGGGUUCCUGUUGGUGGAAUACAGCUGGCAUGAAAAGUAACAAAGAGGGGGAAAAUGUAUGGUUUUGUUCUCUGUGAAAUCUGAAAUCCUUACGUAGUUCAUUUAAGCUCAUGGCAAAGAUCAGCGAAACCCGUUCGCCAAUAUGUUCACUUUUAAAGUGUAAUCACGACAUUCAAUGAAAUGCUAAUUUGAAUCGAUUAUGAUGCAGCCAGUCCUCCCUUUUCAGUUUUCCAUCCUUCAUCUUUUGGAUAUAUGAUUGCAAGCAACAAUGAGGGCAGGACCCCAUUGCAUCCUCUCUCUGAAUCAUAAGGAUGUGGGAAGUUCAUUAACAUUUAGCUAAUGAGAUCCCAGCCUCCACUCCCACCUUCUACUUUGCGUUUGUAUGCUGAGGAUAUGAGAUAACACUGGAAGCAAAUGCACAAGGGUUGGCUAAUGAUCCUCAAUAUAGUUACCGAGUAGGUAGAUAUGUUGAUUUCAGUACCGCUUACUACAAGUGUGCUUGGAGCUGAUGUUUAAGAGAGUUAGGGGGAAAUACCUAUUACCUAGGUGCUUAUGAAUUAUGGAGAGCCAGUUUGCAUCCCAUAGUUAAGAGGGCCAGGUCCAAAAGUAGCCAGGAUUCCUGUAUCUUUUAUUGGCUGUGCAGAACAGAUGACAAGCUAUGCCUGCUGAAAUCCUCUCUUCUACACAACUAUUAGAAGAGCAGUAGUCUUGCCCUGUUUGUGCAUCCGGCCACCUCACUUAUGGUGCAUUCCCCUCAAUUGGUUUUGCUGAAAGUAGACCAGGGUAAAUUGGCUAGGUUGCAAAAAUAUGAAUGUGUUGAGGCUCACAAGGGACUGCUUUCACACAUUACUUGGCCUUACAGAGGGGUUAUGAAAAACACUCCAUCAGAAAGAUAUUUAGCUAGGCUUUCCUUUAUAUUCUUCCUGAGCUAUGAUGCUUUGUGCAGCAGGCACUAAAUCCCAUUUGCUAGCCGUUUGCAAAUCUCCUAGAGUUACCAUUAUAUCAUUCUGCAAACUUGUCGUUAAAGUUUCAGGUGAACCCCUCCGAGUGAACUGAAGCAAAUUGUACAGUUAUAUCUGAAAUUUCAUGCAGAUUGCUGUGAUCAGUUGACAAAAGACUGGUCCUUGAACGAUGGCACAAUGCAGAGAGUCUCGGCCAGUUGGCCAGGUUUGCUCCGAGAUUGUCCUGUGUUUCCCAAAGGUGUAUCAGUUCAUAAUAGAGCUGUUUGAAUGAAAAGUCUGCACUCCAUUUUCCUAGGCCGCACAAUGUUGUAUUUCCUAUGCUAAACACCUCCUUUUCAUAUCAAAACAAAACAACCUUAUGGGAACUAGCUCUCAGAGAGAAUUAAACAUGAACGUAUCCACGAAAUGUUCAGGAAUCAGUGCACUGCAUCGUUCAAGCAAAUGGAUUUGCAUCAUGCCUUUGGGAUAGAGUUGUCUUGUUGACAUUGGAUGUGCUAUAUGAAAGCAGAGUGCUUUCUGGAACUUCUGAGACAGACGCAUACUCAACAUUCACGGAUGCUUCAUUUUCUUGAUUGCCGAUAGUAAAUGGCGUUCUCACAAUGUAAGAAAAUAGCCUGCCAGAAGCAAAUAUGUGCAUGAGCCAAUGACAAUUGAAACACUUGCUGCUUUUCUAAGGGUUUGCUUAGUAUGCUAAUAUGCCCAUCUUGACUUUGGGGCAUUAAAUGCUCUUCUGGAACUGUUUAAUAAUUAUGAGCUGACACUAUUGCCAUUUACCAAAAUGACUCCUAGCUGUUGAUAGAGAACAAUUUCUGUUCUGUUGAAAUAAACAGAUCAAUCAUGUCUCCCGCACUGGUGUUAACUCUCCUGACUUUUGUGGUUUAUGUGGAGUGGGCAUAUUCAGAGUUCGUCCCCAGUGCAAUAAUUCUGUACUGCAGCUUAAAGUGUGACUUUCUCUCAUGCCAGAAGAUCCAUCCUUGACAGUUUCUCUCAUAAACCAACCCAUGGCUUUUCUACAGGUUUCUGACCCAUAAAAGGUUCUUUUUAACAGUACCUUUUGUAGGACAAAAGCUGAGGUUUCUCUCGCUAGUCUACAUAAUAUCUUGCCAAGCAUAGAAGCAAACUGAAAGCCUGUAGUGUGAUAUUCUGGAAAAUAUGAAGCAAUAGUAACACUGACCUACAAUUGUUAGUCCAUGGUAACAACGACAAGUUACCAGGAAGCAUGUAGUUUUGCUGAAACUGAGGACUUUAUAGAAUCUUUUAAAUGAACUCUCUCAUUAAUUAGUGUCUUCAUGAUCUGAAUGUAUAAGAAACACUGCUUGAAAUGAACUAUUUGGGGGGGGGAAUAAAUGUGAUUUGAAAAGCACUUUGCAAGUUUGCAAAUU